GGUGAUUUUAAUUAUACUGCAUUGGGGUGGGUGGGUGUGUUUCAGGGCAUAUAAAGCCACAACAUUAAAAGAGGUAAUUUCACGGCACGGGAGAAAUCCUUGUUCUUAAUAACAACAACAGAGUGCCAUAGUUGGGUGGCUCCAGCUUCAGGGAAGGAAAAAGAAAGAAGGUUGGUCCCUUGUUCUUUUAUACAGAAGGCAGGCGUUGCUCAAAAAGGGCGCUAUCUCUUUAAGAGAAUCCAAUUCCCCACGCGGGAGAGCGCGGAGAUCACCUUGGCAACCGAAGCUCAGGCGACAGCGGACCGGAAGUGACCCGAGGGGGGGGGGAAGAGUUCGAAGGUCGAAGGUGGCGGCGGGAAGAAAAUGGCGGCGGCGAGGGACUUGCCUUUGCAUCUUAGCGGCUGGGACGCGCUGAUGGGGGUCCUCGGCAGCCUGAGCCGGGGCUGAGGCGCCCGUUGCUGGUGACGCUUCGGAGCGUGGUGAAGGAGCCGCGAGGGCUGAGGCCUCCUUCUCCUCCUCCUCCAGCUGACGCUUCUGGGUCCGCGCAUCAGGUGAGGGGAGUGAGGCUGGAGGCGGAGAGGGCUGGGCUAGGCUGGGCAACGGCUCACCCUGCGGACGGGGGCGGGUCGUCUCCGGGUGAAGUGGGGUUGGUGGAGGCGCCAAUGCGUGCUCUAAAUUUAUCCCCCUCCCCUGGUACAAAACGGCCUUCGUCAUUUUCCUGCUUCGGUUCCACCUCUUUAAACAGGCUUUUCUUCCUUCUGCUCUCCUGAUAGCUGGGUGUUGCGCACGUGUGACGUGUUUUCAUUUCCUCAGACCUUUUAGAAAGUGACGUUGACUUGCAUGCUGACGUGCCGGCAUAGUGGUGGAUUGUGGCAAGGGAAAUCCAAUUCAACCCCCUGGCCGGCUAUGACUUCCUGGGGUAGCUUGGCCGCAAUUGUCUUCUUGCAGCCCAGUCUGUUUCUCAGUGUGGUCGUGAAACGGAAACGCCAGCUUGAGAUCUUUGGAGGAAGGGUUGGUGACGAAUAUAGGUGGGAUUAAAAUAUGUGCUAGUUUCGAGUCCUUGUCUUUCAAUUCCAGGUUACAAUGGGGUGCUUUAAUUAAGAAAGUUGGGAGGGGUGCCUCAUUUUGUAUGCAGUGAGACUCAUGUUGUACAUAAUAUAGGAUUCUUUAAUUAAACUGCCACCUGCCUCAGUUUCCUUACUAAUAUUGUUUAGCUCAGUUAUGACACUGCUUUUGCUGGAUGAAGUAGACUGUUGAUAUUGAGGAAACCAGUAUUUCAGAUGUUUUUGAACCAACUCCCAUCAGCCUCAGCUAGGCUGCUCCAAUGGUCAGGGAUGAUGUGAAUUUUAGCACAACAACAUCUGGAGACCCACAGGUUCUCCAACCCUGCUGUAUAUUUCUGCUGAUGUGCUAAAGUAGCACUCGCUCCCCCAUGUACACCUGUGUAGUUACUGUCGUGUAAACUCAAGCUCUUACUGAUCAGUGUAUACAUUUGGAUGCUUUUUCUUCUAGGUCCUUAAGUUCCAGCUUAUAAAGAAGAUGUGUAUUCAGAAAUAAGUCCUACUGAGUUCUUACUCGAGCAAGUAUGUUAGAAUUGUUGCUAGCAGUGUAUAAUUAGGUAAAAGGAACUUUCCUGCUUAAUGUCUUGAAUACUAAUGUAUAUCCCUCACUCCCUUCAAAGAGUUCAAGAUGGGAUACAUGGUUCUUCUCCUCCUCCUCAUUUUACACUUACUGACAUACUGUGUGGUAUGUUAGACUGCAAGACUGACUAAGCCAAGGUCAUCAAAUGAGCUUCAGGGCUGAAUGGGGGUUCAAACCCCAGGUCCUGUCCAACACCCUAUUAGGCUACACUUACUCUAUUUAGGCUUACUUCUUCAGCGAUGCCGAUAGCUACCAAUCUUACUUAAGCACAGAUAAGAUGACAGUGUCAAAGGAAAGCAUGAAACACUAAGAACUUCCCCAUCCGGGGCUGCCUUCAGAUGUCUUCUAAAAGUCAGUUGUAAACUUGUAUGAUUUCAAAGAGAGAAUUUUGUCAAUGUGUAAAGUCUGUUCUGUUGAACAUACGAUUUAAUGUUUUUGUAAGGACAUACUCAAAAUAGAGCUUAAUAUUGGCUUUCUCACUUUAAAACAUUUAAAAAUUGUUAAAUUUGUUUAAAAUUUGUCUAAUUCAAAAUCUGAUUGUGAUUCAUUUGAAAGAGUGAAUAAAGCAAUUAUGUAUUUGUCAUUGUUAAGAUGUUCCAUAUCAUUAUCUAAAGUUUGCUAGAUUCAUAUUCAGUGGCAUGGAAUGUUCUUACCUUGAUCUUGUUUUGCUGGAACAGCCUUUGCUAAUCUGGUGCCUUCCAGGUGUGUUGUACUACAGCACAUCAAUCCCAGAUGCUAUGCCUGAUGUGAAUUGUACUUGAAAACAUCUAUAGGUCAACAGGUUGGCAAAGGCGGCGCUUGAGAGUUUGUGUGCCAGCAAGUGGGUGGUCCCUAUUUUUUAUCUUAAUUCUGAUGCAUCACAGUACUGAAAUCAUGAGAUAAAGCUGGCAGGCCACUUCACAGGCUGGAGCUGAGCUGUCGGACAAAAACCAGUUUGUUACUUUUGCUAUUCCAUUUCAACAUUAGAUUAUAAACAAACCACUUCUACAUAUUGCCUUAGGCUUAUUAGUAUGGCUUCACAUGCUGCCCAAGAGCAAAUUUCUGUCUAUUGGUUAACAAGACAUUCUUAUUAACUCAAUUAUGCUUUUCUUCUUUGUUCAUUAGCAGUCCACGUGUCAAGGUCUCUCCCAAAGGCAGUUUUUUUUUUUUAUUACAUUAGGAGAGGUUACACACAGAUUUACUUUUCCACUGCUUCCAUCUAUCUUAGUUCAUCAUGGCUACCCCAGAAUUUGGGCUUGGGAGUAUUGGAUUAACAAUGGUCACCCUCCCAAUGGUGCCCUCAUUGACAUGUAGAAGUUGAUACAUGUCAUGGCAAGCCCCAUUUGCCUUUGGACUUCUAGCGCUUGUGGAUUUGUGGGUGCCCUUGUGGUCUUCUACAUCCUUGUGGACUAGGUCUGCACCAACUGAUGAGGCUAGAAGCUGAUUUCAAUAAAUAUCUUAUAAAAAAAAAGAAGAAGCUGAGAUACCUGUGGUGAGAAUGAGUGAGGCUUGAACUAUAGGUUUUAUUUUUAAAUACCUAGAUGUCGGCACCACAUCUUUAGGUACCAGUUUUGUACAGGAGUGAUGAGGGAAAAUUAAACUACCUCAUUUGUCCAUCUAGCUUGGUAUGGACUUCCACAUACUACCUAAUCCUUUUAAACUAGAGGCAUUGAGGUUUAGAACAAAGACCUGUAUACAAAGCAUGAGCUGAUACAAAGCAUCAGUUUUAGAAGCUUGAGAGACCAGGCUUCUAGGUUUGUUUCUUUCAGCUCUGACACUAGUCUUUAAGGAUCUAAGCACACAUUCUUUCUUAGGGGAAUGGUGUUUCAAAUAAGAUUUCUUAUUUGAGUUAUGCAUUUCCCCAAAACAUGCGUGUCUCAAUCUUGUCUUUUUCUUGUCAAGCUUUUCAGUUGGGUUUGAUUAUAGCUGUCAGUUGCUGUUUAAAAUGGCUGUUUCACAUUGCUUCAUUGUAACUCUUUUGUAGCAUUGUUUUCAAAGUGUUGCUGCUAACAUACUGUGGACCCUCGGGUUACGUUAGCUUUGGGUAACGUAGUUUCAAUGUGUGCGCAUGCGCAGAAGCAGCGCCUCUUCUUAGAAAUUUUCGGGGUGCACAUGGACCCCCGGAACAAAUUAAAUUUGUAUCCAGAGGGGCCACUGUAUUAAUGUAAGGCAGUAAUGCAGAUGUAGUUAUGGGAUGAGUGCAUUUAUAGUUUUGUGUCUUUUCAGGUUACACUCUAAUUCCUCCGUUACGGAUGUUAUACUUCAUGUUGUAAUCAUGUGAUUCAUAUCUAGAAAAAUAGUACUAACUUGUUUGUAGGGUUUAGUGUGUAUGAUUUGAUAAGUCCAAAAGAUACAAGUUGUAACAUAGUAUGGAGUUGCAUAUGCUGCUUAAAUAACUGGACUUAAGUGCAUAUCUUUAGAAUGGUAUAAACCUAUUACUCUUUGACUUGAAUGAAUGACAGUGAGUGAUGGCAACACAUGGACACAUGUGCUUCCAUCUUCUUCACACGUAUGAGAAGUUGAAUCUGUGUUCACUUUAGAACACGGUUGGCUAACCUGUGACCUUCCAGAUGUUGGGUUCAACUCCUGUCAGCCCCAACCCACAUGGCUGGUGUUUAGGGGUGAGGGCCUAAGAACCAACCACAGUUCCCAUUGCAAACAACCUAAAAACAAAAGCAAAAAAAACACAAAACUGGCUUGAGAUCCUGGUUUGUCCUCUGCAUUUGUACAUGACAUGGAACUCUCGUUUAUUCUUAAUUAAAAAGGAAAGCUUUCACUUCUCCUCUUGCACAUGGCAGAUGAGGCUGGGAAAGUGUGAAAUCAUGAAAGCAUGCAAUGCCUUGCUUGUGAUCACCUAAAAACUGUGGCUUAAGUGAGUGUCUGAAGCAGGUCUCUGUCAUAAAAAUGGAAACUUUGCAAAGUUUUUAAAAAAGUUUUUUUAUGGUUAUAAGGCACAAAAUAAUUUGCACAUUGAACAUAUUUUCUUUACAAAGUUGUUUGUUUAUAACAUCUUUAUAUUACUUAAUAGAAUAAUAUUUUAAGCAGUUUAUAAAAAUAAUAAAGAAUAAAUUUUAUUUAUACCCCGCCCUCCCCAGCCAAGGCCGGGCUCAGGGCGGCUAACAAGCAGUAAUAAAAACAAGUUGACAUAAAAAUGGGUUAGUCCCAAUGGAAGUAGACCCAUUGAAAUUAAUUGACACAACUAACUUAGGUCCAUUAAUUUCAGUGCUCUACUCUGCGUGGAAUUUAGUUGUAUACAACCCAAUUGAAAUACAACAUGGAAUGAUAUUGUAAAACAUAACAUUGCAUAACAUAAAAACUAGUUAAAAUGAGAUUAAAAACAAAACACAACUGUAUACCACAUACAAAACCAAUAGUGUUGAAAAGAAAAUUAAAGUUUCCAAAUCCAGUAGAGCUUGGAUAAAAACGUUUUUAAGAGGCGCCUGGCUCAAGAAUUCUCUGAGGGAGGGCAUUUUUGAGGGUGGGUGUGAUCACUGAGAAGGCUUGCUUCUGCGUUGUCACCAAGUGGUAAUUGACUGAUCAUGGAAUUGAUUGGCUGGUCUGCACCUAGGAUGUCCUGUUUCCAAGUUGUUAAAGCAGAGGCAGAUUUAGGUUCAGUCGCACUGGGUGCAGAGCCUUUGGGGUGCUGCAGGGGGCGCUGCAACUAUGAUAUAGAAUGGAAGGUGAGAGGCAGCCCUGCCCCCCAAUUUUGGCAUCACACAGGGCGCCACUGAAAUUUGAGACCCCAAAGUCUGCCACUGGUUAAGACUUUAAAUGUCAACAACCAAACCUUGAAUUUGCCUUGGUAGUGAACAGGCAGCCAGUAUAGAUUUUUCAGCACCAGUGUUAUAUAUGUGUAAAGCUUGUUAGAUUAUUCAUUCUACUUAGAUGCUUAUAUCUUGGGAUGAUUUCUGUAGGAUAUUUAUAUCAGUCAAGAAUUGCAGUCUAAAAUAAUUCACGGAAAGGAUCCAUUCUAUGUACAAGCAAUGUAGAGCUGAAAAAGAUAAUUGCAUAUCAGUGCCAGUUUCAUCUUGAAGUAUUUAGAAAUCAAUUUUGGUUUCUCAUAAUUACAGUGUUUGAAGAAACAGGCAUCUAAAUGGAGGGCAGCAUUUUGGAAGACAUGUACUUGUUUUUCUAAAGUAGACCGUUUCUGUGGUGACAUUUUCCAUUCAUUUUAUAAAUAGAUGUAAAUUUGUAGGAAAACUUUUUUUAAACAUGUUCAGAUGAGUUUCAGGAACAUGCACUGCCAACAGAAUCUUGCACAUCUCCAUGUGUGGAAGAAAAGCAGUAAAGAAACUCAAUCCCAAUGAUACAGAAACACUGUGGGUAGACGGUUCUCAUGUUUGGAGAGGUUUUAUUCAGAGCUUUUUUUUCAGCCGGAAGUCGCCGGAAUUCAGUUCCAGCACUUCUCAGGUGGGUGCCAUUGCCAUUCUAAGAGAACAAGGGAGGCGUUUGUGGUCAGUUCCAACACCUCUUUUUCUAGAAAAAUAGCAUUGGAAUCAUUCAUUCAUUCAUUGCAUUUACAGUAGAACCUCUACUUACAACCGCCUCCACUCGCGGACGUUCCAAAUUGUGACCAUGGCAAACCCGGAAGUAACCGGUGGGUUUGCUGCUGUUCACGCAUGUGCAGAGUGGCGAUCACUGUUUGCGCAUGAGUAGGAGCGGCGUUUGCCGUUCGCGCCUGUGCACAAUGGCCUCUCCCAGUGACCCGUUUCGCCAUAAGGACGGGCCUCCCAAAUGGAUUGUGGUUGUGACUAGAGGUUCCACAGUAUAUACAACCUUUAUCUUCCAAGGAUCUCAAGGUGGUACCCAUCUUUCUCCGCCCCAUUUCAUCCUCAUAACAACCUGUGAGGUGGGUUAGGCUAAGAGAUGGUGACACUUCCUGGAAAAUAGAAAAUGUUCUGCAAUAAUAAAUUGAAGGUAGGAAUUUGGGAAAGAUGUGCAAGAAAAUCGUCCAAAACAGUAAGGCACAAUCCAGAGAGCUUUGUUGGACCCAAGGGAGCUUAAUGUUUUUUCUUCUCAAAUGCCAACCCCCAGAUAGAUUUCUAUAGCAUUUUGUGCUGUGCACAGGGAAAAAUCCAACAGACCCCUUGCAUAGAGAUAAUUGUUUGGAUUUUGGUGUAUGUGUAUCUUUGCAAUGUGUUCGUGCAUAUAUUGGGCUAGAUCCAGAGUUGCUCUUAAUGGUGUUCAGAGUGUACUGCAGGAAAGGGGCAGCCCAGAAGUUUUCACCAGUUUCUCCUUUGUCCUGCAGGGCUGUUCUGUGGGACUGAAGGACUCUCAGGCAGCAUGGGGUGUGGUGCUGGGGGCUGCGGGGGGAAAGAGGAAUUGAUGAAAAUUGCCAACCCACUCCCCUCAGUGGGAAGCCUUCACUGGAUCCUACUUUGCUCUGUGAAUGUAAAGAACCCUUUGUUUGUGAAGGGCAAGAAUAGUUCCAGUCCAUUCACUGUAACAAAAUGCUCAGUUGAGAAAUAUAAAUACACUGAACAAAUAAAGUAAGAUGCCUUUCAGGGCUAUGGCUUCCCUCCCACACAUUAUGUCCGGAUCUUGAAUCCUAUUUUCCAUUGAAACUCAUUUCCUUCUGGUCUCUUGAAUUUUGCACUGUGCAAAAUUUUGCACUGUGAUCUGAGGAGUUCCUGACCUUGUUGAAUAUAAUGUGAUUAUGGGAAAUAAAUGACUGUGAAAUAUGAUAAUGUGCAUGGAAAAUGUUUUUUUGCAUGGUGCCUUAAAUGCCAAUAAUUUGUUUCAUUUUUAGGGUGUGGGUUUUGGUUGUAGUUUGGUACAUUCUUGAAUUUUUCAUUUUGAAUGUUUGAAAAUUAGUUUAAUAAUGAAAAGCAGCAUACCCAAAAGCUAUACUGAUAAUAGAACCACAGAAUUGUAGAGUUGGAAGCGCCUCCAAUAAUCAUCUAAUGAACCCUCUGCAAUGCAGGAAUCUCAACUAACGCAUCCAUGACAGAUAGCUAUGCAACCUCUGCUUAAAAACAUCUAAUAAAGGAGAGUCCACUACCUUCUGAGAGAGUCCCUUCCACUGUCAGACCGAUCUUAGCACCAUCUAGUUCUUCCUGAUGUUUAGUCAGAAUCUCCUUUCUUGUAACUUGAAUCUAUUGGUCCAGGUUCUACCUUCUGGAGCAGGAGAAAACAGACUUGCUCCAUCUUCCAUGACAGCCCUUUAGAUGUUUGAAUAUGGCUAUCCUAUCUCCUCUAGUCUCCUCUUCUCCAGGCUAAACAUACCCAACUCCCUGAACCGUUCCUCAUAACUCUUGGUUUCCAGACGCCUGAUCAUCUUGGUUGCCCUCCUCUGCAUACGUUCCAGCUUGUCAAUAUCCUUCUUAAAUUGGGGUCCCAGAAUUGGACACAGUACUUCAGUUAAUGUGUGAGAUUAAUCUAAUACAGGCAUAGGCAAACUGCGGCCCUCCAGGUGUUUGGGACUACAAUUCCCAUCAUCCCUAGCUAACAGGACCAGUGGUCAGGGAUGAUGGGAAUUGUAGUCCCAAACAUCUGGAGGGCCGGAGUUUGCCUAUGCCUGAUCUAAUAGGUAUAUAUUACUUGAGGCAUCUCCUUUGCAGCACAUAAGCCAUCUACAUUCUUGGGAAAAGCCAUAAUUGAAAAAGUGGUUUAAAGUCCUGUUUGAAAGCAUGUACUACACAAACAAAGUGUAAUACAUUUAGAAGCUACCACAGAAGCCCAGCUGCAAGCAACACACUUCAAAUCAUAAAAAUAAAUGAAAGAUUGGAACCAAAAUAGAACGUACUGUGGAAUAACAGAUGCUGUGGGCAUUCUGGAGGCUCCAACUUGCUUAUUUGAAAUAAUAGCUGCCCACUGUUUGGUGUUCUACAAAGCAAAUUGUGCACUUGUGGAUGUUCUUCCACAUGAAGGCUUUGCAUUCAUUUUUGUUAAGUUGGAUCUUAUUGUUGGUGUACUUUUCAAAUUUAUUGAAGGACAAUCCGAACAUGAUGUAACAAAUUCAUUCUUAGGGUCUCCCACGGGUCUCCCACGGCUUUUGCAUUGCUGAUUAGCACAUUUCAGUGUAAUAUAGUAUCAAAAUAAAAUUACCUGCAGAAUAUUGGCAGAUAGCUUUUCAAAAUAAGAGCAAGAGCAAGGCUUUUUUGUGUUGAUAUUUGAGUUGUUUGUCUCUAGUUAGACUUAAUAUAAAUGAGAUAACCCAGCAAAAGCAAGUUCACACAUCUUAUUGAGUUUGUAUAUAUAUAUUUAAGGUACGUAUGUAAGAGGCUCGUUUAUAAUUCUAUUUUGGGAAUGAUUCAUGUUCUUAUGUAGCUGCAUUGCUUAAUACUUUCUGGAUGUCCCAUGAUCAUGUUAUAAAGUAGUUGUGUUCUAUUUUAUAAAUCAAGUAGCGCUAGAAAUUGUUUCUUUUUGUUUUCAAUGUGUUUCUUAUUAAUUAAAAAUUUGGUAUGGCACAAGCAAAUUUUUAUUCUGAAAGUGUGACCCAGACGAAAAAAGAUUGAGAACCACUGGAUUAGCAAAAGAAAAUUGGUAUGGCUCCCAGAUCGCAUUAAAUGCUUUUAAAGCAUUGCUCAUGCCAUGGAAUCAUUUGUCAGUACAGAUUGUUGACUGUAGAAAACAAACAAAAAAUGAUUUGCAUCUAUUGUUGUAUUGACCCAACACCCAAAGCUAGCAUGUGAGUAGCUUAAACACAGAUCUCCUUUAGCUCAUGCAUGAAUCUAGACCUAGCCCUUGGUGGUCACAGGAUUGUUCAGUCUUAUGCUUGGGAUUGGCACCACUGCUUGAUUCCUGUAACACUGGUUCUGGCACUUGUUUGGGAAUAUGUUCCAGUCCAUUUUGCAUAUGUUACUAUGUGGUAAGGGCUUUGUUCAGCUAGUAAUGAGCUCUGGAAUUUCAGAUGAAUAUCUUGAUAUUAUGGAAACAACCACAUCUUGGCAAAACAGUAUGCCUUUGACUGAUUCAAAUAAAAAGUACAAAAUACUCCAUUAAGCUCUAGCUUGAAAUAUGAAGUGCUUCAGUUAAAACACUUAAAAUGCAAAAUAUAUGUAAUAUAUGUAAUAUGACCAUAGGAAGCUGCCUCAUGCCAAGUCAGACUAUUUAGUCCUCUAACUCAGCACUGUCUGCACUGACUGGCAGCAACUCUCCAGGGUUUGCAGGCAGGAAUCUUUCCCAGCCUUCCUUGGAGAAGUCAGGGAUUGGAAAUGGAACCUUCUGUGUGCAAAGCAUUCCACCCAGUUAUGGCCCUUCCCGAAUGCAUUUCUGAAAUAAAAUACUGUCUUAAUCCUGCAAUGGUUUGUAUAAUUGAAUCUUCAGAUUGUACUGAAAUUUAUAGUUUAACAAGCACUCAAAAAACAGGGUUUCAGAAAAUUGUGGUUGGCCUUGGUAGCCUACCCCCUUUUCUUUUUUCUUCUUGAAUAGCAGUGCUGUUUCAGGGUUUUAUCUUGGUCAUUGAACAACUGAAAUUCUUGGGUGAUCUCCUAUAGAGUCCAUCUGCGAGUAGAAUGGACUUCUUGCUUGUGCAGUCUGACUGCUUCUUCCUUCCUUUCCCCUACAUGCCCCAAAAUUUCUUCCAGACGGCUCUCCAACCCUCUGGAACACAUUUUGGAAUCGUUCAGGGGGCUGCAAGGUGGAGGAAGGAGAGGAGAGAAGACUAUUGCCUGAGUGGAUUUCAUCCCCACCCCCAAAUUUUUAAGCUGUCAUUAAUUUUGUAACUUGGCAGUUUUGCCUCUCUUUUUUUGCAAUAAAUCUAAUAAAAGCUCAAAAGUAUACAACAUCUUACAUUUUCUGGUAUAAAACCUCCAAAUGUGGAAAAGUUAUGGAGUUGGGCCUUAACUUGCCUCUUUGUAAACCCUUGUUCACAAAAAUUAGAUUGUAAAAGUGGAGGGAAAACUCCUAAGCUUGCAGAGCUUCUAUUCUUCAAUAUUCCCCAGUUCCUUUCUUAAAAGAGUACCUCUCCUACUACAUGCUCUGCUCAUCUGCCUGCUGCAGCACUGGAAUUUAUUAAAAUAUCAGAGAAAUAUCUACAUUUUGCAGGACGGGUGGACAGGAAAGCAGUUGCUCUCUCAUGCUGCAAUAAGCAUGUUACAGGAAGACUGCCAUUUACAAUGCUGUGUAUCAUUUUUUAAAAAAAAGUGAAUGAGAGGGAGAUCUGUGUGCUAGUGGUUGAGAGCACUGGCAGGUUGCAAAGGUAUUUUUAAAAAUGUGGUGGUGUUGUAGCAAGCAUUUCUUUCUAUUUUCCUCUCUUCUUGCUGAGAAUAAAGAAGCUUGGUAUUCUCUCUUCUCUGUAACUCAACCGGACUUCAUCAUGCCAUAUAGCGGCUCAUUUAAAAUGGCACUAGACUUCACUACUCUCCCCUUUGAAAUGUCAAGAGAUACAUUGGGUUUGUUUGGCGAUCAUCUGUUUGCCUUCUUGAGUACAGAAAAUGAGAAGCUGUCUUGAGGUCUCCCUCUUACUGCUAUUACUCUUUUAUGCUGAUAAAUAUUUGUGUAUCCGUUGCCUAAAAGUAAAAGAAAUGAAGCAGAUGCAGUGUUAAUAUACUUGAAAGAUUUCAAAUACAGGUGACUCCCCACUUAUGUGUGGGUUACGUUCUGGGCCCAUGUGCAUGUUGGUUUCUGCUUUCCUUCACUGUGCAGCGAAAGGGCUUGUCACGAGAAAGGUGUUUACAUUCCACAGUCUGUACUGUUGGAGUUUCUCACGGGAAAGGGAGGCUGGAUGUGACGUACACUGGUUUCCUGUUUUUUCACUGUGUGAUUCUCUCCGAGCUGUCGAGGAGAGAGGAUGCAUUUUCUGCUCCGGCAGAGGCAAGAUGUCUUUCUGUAAUAUACCAGCUUUGAACUGUAAAUAAAGCAAUAUAGAGUAUGCAGCACGUACUCCUCAUCCUUCCGCUGGGCACCAGACUCUGCUUUAAAUCAACACGUGGUUAUGGGCCCAGAAGUCGAAUCGGAGUGCCGGCAAAGGAUCGGAAUGCAGAGGAACAGAUCGGAACGGAAUCUGCUCUGCGCGUAGAGGUGAUUGAUGAGGUAUGUGCUACUGCUCCGGGCAGCCUGCCAGCUUCAAGUUAAUGGCUUUAUGGCUGAACUUUGAACCUUUAAAGCCGGUUUUGCCGGGAAUAGGCAAAAGGCUCCCAGGCACAAGUCACUAUGCUGGGGAAAUCGAAAGUAACUUUUAAGUGCGCCUUUGGAAUAAGGCAGCUGCAGCAGUGACGCAGCAAGAUUUAAAGCAGCAUAUAUGACGCUGAAGGCUAAUGCCAGAGUCAUGAUGGCCCUUCAGGAUGCUUGUGGGAUUCCUAAGCUCAACAAGAAAAAUUAUGCCGACUGGGUUCUGUAUGCAGAGGCAAUUCUGCGGAAAGAGGGUUUGUUUGAGGUGAUUACAGAAACCCCCAGUUCCAGUUACAGAUGCAUGGGAAGCUAAGGAUUCCAAAGCAAGGGGAACUCUUACAUUGAUAGUAUCCCCAGAAGAGCUCUGUCUAUUGCGUGAUAAGACCUCAGCCAGAGAAAUUUGGGACGCUUUGAGAGAGGCUCACUUAAGGACAGAAGCUGGAUCCACUAUGUUUUACUUUAACAAGCUGCAUAAUAUGGCUCUUGCUGAAGGUGGAGAUGUGCGUUUACAUCUGAUGGAGAUGCAAAAUCUGAGACAUGAGCUGCAACAGAGAGGACUCAACUUUCCAGAGGCUGUGUAUUCUUUCAUGAUACUACAAUCUUUGGGUUCAGGUUGGGAGUCUGUUGCAACCCAGAUUGCUGUGCAACCAACUGCUCAGCUGACAGUGGACUUUGUUACUGCCGUGAUUUUAAAUGAAGCAGAUCGCCGGGGUGCUAGCUGCAUGGGCAAGGGGGAGUCUUCACAGACGUCAUCCCAUAGUGCAGUGGAACCACCAGAUGGCGCCAAAGCUUUGAAGGCAGUGAAAUGCUACUCGUGUGGACGUCUAGGCCAUAUGAAGAGGGAAUGCAGACAUCCCAGGGCCAAGACAGAGCAGCGCAGCGAAAGCUCAUCGCGCGGAAAAGGCCGAGGCAAAGGCAAAGGUCCGGUGUCUAGGACAACGCAGCACAAGGCUAUGGUUUCACGCUUCACUCCAAAGGUUGCAGAGGUCCAGAAGACGUCUAGAUCUUUCUUCGUUGUUGAUUCAGCGGCGACCCACCACAUGUGCAACGAUAAGAAACUGUUUGUGUCUUUUACACCGCAGGAAGGUGCGAUUCACCAGGCGGAUGACCACACUAUUCCCAGUAAAGGCUACGGAACUGUUGUUCUUCACAGUUUGGACUUAUCGAUACAGAAUGUGCUUUACGUGCCAGACGCCAAACAUAAUCUGCUCAGCGUUGGACAGCUGAAUGAGCGGAACAUUGACGUUUCCUUCAAGAACAAGAAGUGCAUCAUCACAAAGAAAAAUGAUUAUGUAUUGCAUGCAGAAUAUGUUGAUCGUUUGUUUGUUUUGUAUUAUGAUGAUGUGGUGCAGGAUGACACUUGUUGCAUUGCAGGUUCUAACAAAAGUUUGCAUGCAGAAUGUAUUCACGAUUUUCAUAGAAAAUUUGGUCAUUUGCAUUUUGAGGCAGUAUCUAAAAUGCCUGCCUUGGUUGAAGGUAUGACUAUUAAACCCUGCAGGUACCACAUGAAGUGCAAAGCAUGCGCAGCAAACAAGGUGAAAAUGGCUGCGAAAGGUAAGGUGUCUAGUAGGAAAGCUACAGAACCAUACCAGGUUGUUCAUGCUGAUUUGGUUGGACCACUAGCGCCCUCUUUGGGUGGAAAUAGAUACUUCAUGGUUCUCAUUGAUGCAUUUUCUAGAUAUAUUUUUGUGUACAAUCUCAAGCAGAAAUCGGAGGCUUUUCCUAGGUUCAAGGAAUUCUGUGCUUGGUUGGAAAAUGUGCAUGGUAAGAAGAUAAAGACUCUUUUCAGUGAUCGCGGGGGAAUUCACUUCUCAGCAGUUUGAAGCUUUUCUGACUGAGAAAGGAAUUCAACACGAUUUGUCUAGUCCUCGCUCGCCAUGGCAGAAUGGACUUGCGGAACGGGCAAAUCAGACAUUGCUUCAAGGGUUAAAAACCUUGCUGCAUGAUGCCAAUCUUCCAGAGAGUUAUUGGGCCGAAUCUCUCUCGUGUUUUGUUUACAGUUACAAUCGCAGGUUAUCUUCAGCGAUUGGUUGUACCCCCUAUGAGAAGAUGUUUGGCAAGAAGCCAUACAUCAAACACAUGAAGAUUUUUGGUUCUGACAUGUGGGUUCGCUCACCACAAAACUCCAAGUUAGACAAGCGUGGAUUGCAUGGUAUCUUUCUAGGUUAUCAGAAAGGGUCUUACAGAAUAAUGAUGACUGACUCUAAGACAAUUAAGCUCACGAGAAGUGUCGAGUACAAUGCAAAGUGGGGAGAGAAUGUGGGAAUUUUCCAAUGUUAUCCUGAUGACGGUGAUGAGACUGAGGAUAGUCAAAAGCAACCACAACAGCCCACACCCACUGAUGAAGGUUCUGAGUCUGAAUCUGAAACUGAAUCGGGUGAUUCAGAGGAUUUCGAAAGUGCGAAAGCCUCUAUGCGACCCUCUGAAAGCUCUGAUCAAGAAUUGGAGGAACCAUUGUUCACAAUAGGUCGUUUUUCUCCUAAGAAGGAAGAGGAGAGUGUUGAAGACUUAAGGCUAAUUCGUAGGUCACAGAGAGCCACAAAAGCCAAACCUCCAAAGAGAUUUGCUGAUGAGUUUGCUACGAUAGCAGUAACAGCUGUUAAAAGCUCCAAGAAGGUAUUUGAACCUUCAAGUUUCCAAGAAAUCCAGGGUUUGGAUUCAAAGGAAGCUGAGCCAUGGUUAAAUGCCAUGAAGGCUGAGCUUGAUUCCUUAGAAAGGAACAAAACAUGGGAGCUAGUUCCAGUAGUUCCAGGAAUGAAACUGCUUGGAAGCAAAUGGGUCUUCAAAGCGAAGACAGAUCAAAAUGGCAAGAUAGUCAGACACAAAGCCAGAUUGGUAGCCAGAGGUUUUGCACAGGUACCAGGUCAAGACUAUCACGAGACCUAUUCACCCACAGUGAGAUAUGAAAGCAUUAGGCUUAUGCUUAAGCUAGCUGCAGAGGAAAAUCUACACAUUAGUCACCAUGAUAUUAAUACAGCUUUUCUGUACGGAUCUCUAGAUGAAUCACUUUAUAUGCUUCCACCUGAUGGCGUACAGGUAAAACAGGGAUUUGUUUGUGCUCUGAAGAAAUCCCUUUAUGGUCUCAAACAAAGUGCACGGUGUUGGCACACAAAACUCACUGAAGUAUUGUUUUCUCUAGGUUUUCAGCAAGGGAAAGCUGAUCCAUGUGUAUUUGUCAAAGAGGAGGGGCAAAAGAAACUGUACUGUUUGUUUUAUGUUGAUGAUUUAUUAUUCUUUUGGAAAGAUGUUGCAAUGUACAAUAGCGCCCUAGCUCAACUGAAAGAGCACUUUGACAUGAAAGAUCUUGGUGAGGUAAACAACUACCUAUCUCUGGAAAUAGAGAGAGAUCAAGAUGGUAACAUUCUAGUACACCAGUCACGGAAAAUUGCUGAUGUGUUAAGCAAACUAAAUCUGAUGGAUGCUAACCCUGUAAACACACCGAUGACAACAGGUUAUCAGGUAGAUGACACUGAAGAAGCAUUUUCUGACACUACACUGUACAGGAGUGUGCUAGGCAAGCUAAACUUCAUUGCCAGAUGUUCAAGACCAGACAUUGCUGUUAGCUGUAAUUUGCUAAGCAGACAAGUCAACAAUCCUAGUGUCAAGCAUUGGAAAGCUCUGAAACGCAUAGCGCGGUAUUUGAAAGGCACUAUGCAUUACAGACUGAGAUUUAACAAUCAGAAGUCUGGUGGUCUUGAGAUAUUUGCAGAUGCAAGUUUUGGAAGUGACGCUACAGACAGGAAAGGUACGUCUGGAGUUUGCUACAUGUACAAUCAGAGUCUGUUUGAUUGGUCAUGCAAGAAGCAAACAACAGUUAGCUUAAGUACUUGUGAAGCCGAACUGAAUGCACUGUCUUAUUCACUUAAGGAUUGUGAAUGGUUAGUACAAUUGUGCAAAGAUAUGAAAAUUCCUGUCAAAUGUCCAAUCCAGGUUUACCAGGACAACAAAGCAUGUUUGGCUUUGCUGAAGUCUGAAGGUUGUAAGCAAAGCACAAAGCACUUGCAAUUAAAGUUGCAGCAUGCUAGGGAAUGUAUUCAGAAGGGACUCGUAACGGUGUCCUAUAUGCCAGGUAAUGAAAUUCCUGCUGAUGUAUUGUCCAAGAUUGUAUCGAGGGAUCAACACUGUACCUAUGUGCAGAAGUUGGGUUUGUACUGAUAUUGUACAAACACGCUGCCCAGUGAUGUUCACAGAAAGGGGAGGAUGUUGGUUUCUGCUUUCCUUCACUGUGCAGCGAAAGGGCUUGUCACGAGAAAGGUGUUUACAUUCCACAGUCUGUACUGUUGGAGUUUCUCACGGGAAAGGGAGGCUGGAUGUGACGUACACUGGUUUCCUGUUUUUUCACUGUGUGAUUCUCUCCGAGCUGUCGAGGAGAGAGGAUGCAUUUUCUGCUCCGGCAGAGGCAAGAUGUCUUUCUGUAAUAUACCAGCUUUGAACUGUAAAUAAAGCAAUAUAGAGUAUGCAGCACGUACUCCUCAUCCUUCCGCUGGGCACCAGACUCUGCUUUAAAUCAACAGUGCACAUACAGUAAGUGAAAUGCUUGAGCGGGGAACUAGGGUGAUUUCUUCUUCUUUUACAACAAAAAACUUCAGAGCUAUUUGGAACGCUACAUAACAAAAAGCAACCCAUACUGUACCUUUGCCUACAGAUUGCCAGAAAGGGCAGAGAACAAUGCGUUUGAGUCUGCAGCAGUACAGCUUCCUGCCCGACAGCUGUUGAGCAGGGCAGUGCAGCAGCAUUGAGAGCUCACUCGCGCCAUUUUGGAGCCCAUAAGUUCCUCCCUCCCUCCCCCCCUCCCUUUUUUAAAAAAGCCUUUAAAACAUCUUUGGGCUCUGGGGAGGAUCUCCUCGCAUGCUGUGAGGACUUUCCAGCUCUCUCUUGUCAUUUCUAGCUUACGUUGUUGUUUAGUUGUGUCGACUCUUUGUGACCCCCUGGACCAGAGCACGCCGGGCACUCCUGUCUUCCACUGCCUCCAGCUUUGAAUUGAUGUAAAUUGUUAGAUUGAUUUCCCAUCACUGCACAUUCAUGUGGUCACACGUGUCGAUCACGUGUAAGUCGAAGGAUGUCCGUACAUGAAUUUCCGAUACUAUGCAGCUCUAGAAACAAUAUUUCAGUGGUUUAUCAAGAUAUCAACCUUUUCCCAGUUGGUGGUCCAAAUGUAGUAUGUCCGCCUGUCCACCUAGAAUGGGGAGACUUGUGAGCGGUAGAGGAAAUCAUUUUGUUUCUAUCAGGGAUUGCAAUUUAAAGCUUUUUUAAAAGGGCUUAAAAGGUGCUGCCAUUCUUUAGCAGUACAUUCAGCUACAAAUGAAUUAUUGUGUAUAAAGACUAAUUUAUAAAGCUUCUUUUAAAAGCCUUGCAAUAGACCAGGCCUCUGAGGAAGCAGAGUUGCUGCACUACUAGUUCCAUCAAGGGCAUUCUUCAAUAGGAGCAGUGAGGUAACCACAUUCCAAGCAGCAUUCACAAUUGUAAUUGUUCACUCACUGAGGAUCCUAUUUUUCCUGGGGAUGUAAUUGUUCCUAUGCUGAAUUUUUCAUGGCAUUGGGCCUACUGUUUCAACUUGCUAUCUCUAGAAAAGCACUCCAGUUUUACACUAUGUUAUCUUGGAAAGAACUCUUUGUGAGUUGCAAUAAGUUUCUAAAAAAAUAUUUCUAAUGAUUGCAAGUGACAAGAGGAUGGCUUUCUCACAAAAACUUGAUUUUCAGAGAACAGAGUGUUGAGCUGUUGAGAACAUAAGGUUUAAAUUUAUUUGCCUUCGAAUAAAAGUUUCAAAGAAAACUUGACAAGUAUCCACUGUUUCCAAUGUUUAUAUCUGGCAACAUUUUCAUGCCAGAAUGGACAUUUCAAUUUAUAAUUUUAUUAUCCCACAUCAGUGGUUAUAUCUUGGGUUUCAGGUCCCAGAGCUUAACCUUAAAAAUACCUGUUUAAGUAGGAACUCAAGCCACUAGACGCAAUCUCUCACAACUUACAACUGCAUUAAUGGUAGGCAUGGAGCUCUUUCAUAUGAAAAUUGUUUCAUUCCUUCAUUUAACACUACAGGGUGGCUCAACACAGAACCUAAGCUGAGUACAAAUUCUUGUUUUGUUCCAAGGGUUGACUCUUAUUAAAUGUAUAUAAACUUUGGCCAAAGUAGAAAUGAGAUUGAAUGAAGACAUCAACCUGUUAAUGAAAUGGAUGUGUGCUCCUUCAGUAGUCUUUUUGUCGUGUUAGCAGUUUGUUGUGAUGGUUCAUAAAAUAGCAAGUACUUAUCAGUACUGUAGAAUGUUAAACAACUGUCAAAUAUACCAAUAGAAAACUUGACUCUCCAAAUGUCACUGCCCAAGGGGGGGAGGUAUUAGCAAGGAAUUAGCAUGCUCCGAAGUACCAACCCCCCCAACCCCUUUAUGGGGGGGGCGCACUUUUAGUGGCAAGAGACGAAGCCCUAAGUGCCCCAUUCAGCAUGCUCAUUGACAAUGCUGACUGUUUGGGAGGAAUUUGGGGGGGGGGGGAGGAAAGCUAGGGUGGGGGAGAGAAGUAGCCUAUAAUUGCCUGGAACACAGGAGCACUCCCUACUGCAACAUUUUGUUGCAGACCCCACUUGUUUUACCUGUUCAAACACAUCAGUGUGGUGUAGUGGUUGAGAGCGGUAGUCUUGUAAUCUGGGGAACCGGGUUGCAGCUGCUGGGUGACCUUGGGCCAGUCACACUUCCUUGAAGUCUCUCAGCCCCACUCACCUCACAGAGUGUUUGUUGUGGGGGAGGAAGGGAAAGGAGAAUGUUAGCCGCUUUGAGACUCCUUAAAGGGAGUGAAAGGCGGGAUAUCAAAUCCAAACUCUUCUUCUUCAUCAUCAAAGGAGCCUGAUUUCAUCUCUAAAUCAGAGGAAAGAAUUCUGCUUCGAGUGCAUAAGGGGAAAAGUAGCCUAACUGAUGUAAAAUAUGCCUGGCUCUUGAACAGUCCUUUCUAUUCAUUUUUUCCUAAUCAGCGAGGUGGGGUGGAAAAAUUCUCCCUGCUGUUAUUUUCAUGGAAAAUUUUCCAUGUCUUAAAAUACAUUUUAAAAAAAGCAAUUAGCAACAUAAUGAAUGGAUGCAGCACCAGGUGGAGAAUUUUCAAAGUAGUAAUUACCUUUUUUCAUGUUACUAGAGCAAAUUGUCCCCUGUAAUAGCUAAAAUGAGAGCUGGUUCAUUCACAUCCUGGCGUGCAGAUUGUGUACACAGGUGCAGGACAAACUCUUAGACCACAGUCUUUUGCCCACUUACCUGGGAGUAAACUGUAUUGACUUCAUUUGGACUUUUGAGUAAACCUGUGCAGGAUUUCAUCCUCCCCGCUUGUAGAGUGUGUUGUGUGAUUGAGUGCAUACCUGCACACAUACUUAACCAAUGUGAUCUGCCUUCUUAGUUGACCUUAUAUGGGACUCUGCUUCAUGAAGUUAUUACAAGACCUCUAGAUGCCCCAAACUAGGUAUUUUAAGAGCACAUGGGAAGCAAAGGCAGGAAAAAACAGGCUAUGUAGUUUGGCUGAACUGUGCUGUUCUAUUUACAUCAGUUCCAGCUGCAGAAUUCUUCAGAAUAUAGUGACAUCAGGAAAUUCUGUCUUUAAAGUAAUGACUGGCAUUUAAUUCUUUAGAAUUAACAAUUAUGUACUUAAACUUAUGUACUUAAAAUGUCGUGUUUUAUAUUGAAAUAAAAAUACAUAACAUCAGAUGUUUGUUCCAUACAGUUUUACACUAGAACUGCUACAGGAAAUAAAUAGUUUUCUGUUCCCCCAAAAUAGAACUUUAGCCAACAUUAUAUCUUCAAAAAAAAGUCAGUGGGAUAUUAUAAAAUAACAUUUUAGAGCUAGUGUAUCCCUCAAGACUAGAAUUCCUGCACACUUUUAGUGCCUUAACAUCUUACACUGAAAGGAAAUUAAUUCUUGAAAGAAUGCUGUGCACAAUCCGUUUGAGACAGUUUUGUUAAAGAAAUACAAGCUGUCAAGAAAGCUGCAGCCAAUGUUGAAUUAUUACAAUAACAUUUUAAAGGAAGUUUUCAUUAUGAGAAUUCAAAGUAAUAUUUCCAGAACUGAGUUGCAGAUCUGACUGGAAUGCUUCAUCAGUUGGUAGGCUAAGAGUCUUGUGUUAGAUUAAAGGACUCUAGAUGAUCAAAAUGUAUGAAGGUAGCAUGCAGACAUCAUUCAUUCAAAGCUUUAGCUGGCAUUAAAGUCAAUGGUGGGGAAGCUUUAGCUCCUGUAAUUCUGUGUAUCAUAUACGGUUUAAAAGCACAGCAGGCAACCUAUGAGUAAAUUCCAUGAAGAUCAUUGUUGCAAGUGAAAACUCAAUAGACUGGAUGUAAAUUAAAUUAGUUGCAUUUAGAUCCCAUUGAAAUCAGCAAACUUGGUUACCUCACUAAAAAAGGUAAAGGUACCCCUGCCCGUACGGGCCAUUCGUGUCCGACUCUAGGGUUGUGCGCCCAUCUCACUUAAGAGGCCGGGGGCCAGCGCUGUCCGGAGACACUUCCGGGUCACGUGGCCAGCGUGACGAAGCUGCUCUGGCGAGCCAGCACCAGCGCAGCACACGGAAACGCCGUUUACCUUCCCGCUAUAAAGCGGUCCCUAUUUAUCUACUUGCACUUAAGAGUGCUUUCGAACUGCUAGGUGGGCAGGAGCUGGGACCGAACGACGGGAGCUCACCCCGCCGCGGGGAUUUGAACCGCCGACCAUACGAUCGGCAAGUCCUAGGUGCUGAGGUUUUACCCACAGCGCCACCCGCGUCCCUCGGUUACCUCACUACACUGCUGAAAUAAUUGCACUGGCUGCCAGUUAGCUACUAAGCUAAGCUCAACUUCUGUUUUGAGGUACAAAGCCCAUCGAUGCCAUUGAUGCUUGACUAGCUGGUAACUGAAAGGACUAAGAGGACUGGCUAAGCUCCAACUUUGUUUCCUGGGCAGCAUAAGACUGUACUAGCAAGGUUCUGGUUUCAGCCCUGCAAAGUAUUCUAACACCCCACUCCCAGCUCACUGUUUGGUGUAUGUCAGGAGAUGUGAAAAGAACUAUUUCCUUUAUUAGGCAUAUAACUAGACUAUCACUCUGGUUGGAGGCAAAACAUGGCCUUUAUUUCUUUUACAGGCAUUUUCUCCCUUCUCUGCAUGCAUGCUCUCUGUUAAAAAUAAGUUGUUUCAGAGUUUCAGCAUCUAUGCUUUUAUCUCCUGAGGCAGUCUUCCAACUCCUCUGAGUCCAGGCAGCCUGGGAAAUGGUCCUCAAGUAAUCCGCUCCCCCCUCUGUUUGUUGUUCAGAUUGAAAAAGGUCAGCAACAUGAACCAAAAUAACAAAAGGAUGAGAAGGUAUGCUCAGUCAUUGCCAGGGUUUACUGAGCAAAAUUCCCUUACUGCCCUCCUCCACCAUCAACCAUUCUGUAAAAAACGAACAACUUUUCUCUGUCUUCAAAAUGUGUUUACUAAGGGUCUUUUCAUACAUUUACCUUUUAAUGAGGAAAUAAGUGUAACCAAGCCUCCCUCUGCAUCUUUUGGAUUCUGGAAGCAAAGUUUAUUUUCCUUUCCAGCUAAUACCAGAAGUGCCCCUGAGCACUUCUUUCCCCAACCUUGCCUGAUGCUCCGAGAAUGAGAGGGUUUCUUAGACUUUCUCCCUUGCACACUCAUCCCAUAUUGGAACUGUUCCCUUCCAAUUUCCUGUGGUGGCAACAACUUUUUAAUGAGCAAACUACUACACUCAACAGCUUUUGAGAUUAGGUCGAGGGGUAUGAUUUACCUGUACACAGUUAUCUGUGACUGCCAUCUGUCUGGCAUUUCAAGGAAUUGUCAAGGAAAUAAGAUACUACAAACUCAGGCAAAUGUUUUCCAUCACCAGUGUUUUCCAUUUACCAUUAGGAGGUUUUCUUUUCUGAUGUCUAAUCACACUUUACCUUUUCAUAGUUUUAAAACAAUUUCUUCUUGGUCCAUUUUCUGUGCUGUUUUGCCCAUUUCUUUUAGGAAAUAUUUUGAGAUGCUAAAGACACUCUCUUUCUCUUAGAAGUAAUUGGAGUUCACCAGGGGAUGGAGCAGCCAAAAAUAUUCCACUCCCUGUAAUCUAAAGUGGUAGAAUCCAGAAUUCGAUCAUUUUGUGCUGUUUAAUGUGCCAUUUGGCUCUCAUAUGAACAUUUAACUAUAUUAAGUUCUCUACUAAGGGGAACAGCUUUUACAAAAUUUUGUGAUCUUCCUGUACAAGUGGCUGCAGAUAUAUGAUGACUUCUUUCCAUUAUGCCAAGUUCUUGUAAAUGUAAAUAGGAGGUAAUAGUCCUCAAAAAUCCCUAGUUAAGUUUGAUGAGCUAGCUUUCCCAGCUCUUGCAGGUGCCUUUGGACUGAGGUCAUUGUUUUUCCUAUGCAUUGGACAUUCCAAAUUCUCUAAAAUUAAAUAAAUGCACUUUUUACUGAAAGUGGAACAAGUGAUGUCACAAAUGUAAUGCUCAUGAAAUAGAAGAUUUUAGUGACCUGCUGGUUCAACAUUUUAUUGAGGAAAAUGUCAAAUAUCUAAUUGGGGAUUGAGCUAAAAAGAUGGUUCAGUUAAAAAAUAUGGUUAUUUUAAACACCAGUUAAGGACAAAACCUUAUCCAAACUCCAUUUAAGAAGACUGUAUACUUAUAUACACUUUAUUGCUUAUUUUUUCUUCAGUCCAAAGUUGCUGGUUUUUAAUGGUAGUUUUUAAUUGCUUCUUAACCCACCCUUUAUGGAAUGUUUUAAAAAUACAAGAUGCUUUUCACAAUGAAUUGGUACUUCAGAUUGUCCCUGUUGUUGUCCUCUCCAAGAUCAUUACAGACGGAGCUGACAGGGAGAUAUGAAGUGAUUUGAUUUUUAAUGCCGCAGAAAUAGACAUUGCAAUUGUUUUCAAUUUAAGGUGUGAAGGGAUCAAAACCAUACCCAUAUAGUUUAAAAAUAACAUCCUGCUAACCAGGGUUGCCAGGAUGCAACCUGUCGAGCAAGCAUUUACAUUCGAUAUGCAUUUAUAAAGCAGAAGUUGAGGUCCCUACUGGAAUUGAUGGGAACCACUGUAGGAAACAGACAUUUUUUUUAAAAAAAGGACAGAAUCAGUAACUAUGGCUGAGGGUUGUUUUUGUUUUUAACACCCCCCUCCCCAAAUCUUAUUUUUUAAAAGUAAACUUCUCACAUUUUUUGCAUUUGAAAACUAAAUUGCUAGAAAGCAUAAAAGGGUUUUUUUGUGCCUGUUUAAAAAGGAGCUGUGUUCUUUUCAUAGCAAAUAUGAUUGCUGCAUGUAAACUAGUGUUACACUGGUGUUUCCCAAGUUAAGCAUGUAAGGCACCUGAGACCUAUGUGCAAAUACUGGGACCCUGAUAAUGCCAGCAUCUGUGUGCUUUCUGUGAAUCAUACAUUUUGCUGUGGAAAAGGCCAAUUAACACUGGUGUCUUAUGUGCCAAACAUGUUUGGUGCUUAAAGUUUGGAGCUCCUAUGUAUGCAUGGAAGCAUGAAAUGUUUAAAAAGGCCCUCUCAAAAUAGAGGACGCAGUCCAUUUCUUCUUUGUAAAAUAAAAUUAUCAGUGGAAAUUUCACGAAUAAGCCUUGCAUUCCAUUCCAGAUGUUUGUGGUUGUGACUAUCCCAACAGAAUUAAAAACAAAAACAAAACAAAACUGAAUCCCUUGGGAGGUAGUAUAGUUGCUCUUUUUUGACUCAUUCCAUUUUUCAGAGCAAAAAUGACCAAAGAGCUAUUGCAUUUAUUGCUGUUGAAAUGAGCACCAUGAGAUGGUAGAAAUGUAAAGAAUGAGUUGACCAGGUUUGUGUCUAGAAAGCUGUGAAGCAGUUACCUGGAAUUGUUCACACACACGUACACACACACACACACACACACACACACACGCAGUAAUUAACAAACAGGAACAGUUUUGAUGGGGGGGAAAGCUACAAGCUGUGGCUGAUUAGUUAUUCCUCUCUGGACAAUUCUUGCUACUGCUGCUCAAGUCCAGAUUGUGUGAGAUUUCAUGAAUAGGAAUACAGCUGAGAAUAAAAAUGAGGCUUCUUUCCAUCACUCUAUUUAUGGAGCAGCUGCUUCACUGUUUGAUACCCCUUUUACAACCAUUUCUAAAUAACUUACCUGGUGUUCUCAAUAUGGCUUUUUGGUUUAUUGAGAGUAAGGUCAAAUGAGAAGAGGGAGGGAAUAUUGAGCCAUUCAUUGUCUUUCUGUGAUUUCCUUUAUUCUUUUAAUGUGGGCAUUUUCUUCCCUACAAAAACUUAUGACCUUCUUGAUCUGUCCUUGGUAUUUGAGAAUAUAAUUAAUAUUUUCUUAUAUUUUGGAAAAAAACACUCUGAGGUAGUUAACAAUGUUUUUAAUAGAAACACAAAUGAAAUAACAUAAUCCUAAAACAACAACAACCCACUAAAACAUCUGUCAAAUCUGUCAAACAUAAUAUAUAAAACAAGGAAAGAACCAGCUUAACAGCAUAAAAAUCAACAUUAAGCUACUGCCUGGGGGUGUUGGAAGUAUGUACCAAGGCUGCUUUAAGGUCAUAUUUGUUUUUUUCAGAAAUCAAGAUGCUCCUUCCUUCUUAUACGUGCCUUAAUAAAACACUUCCUGAUUUCCUCAAAUUGUUGUUUGCCAUGAUGUCCAAACUGGCAAAACUGUGUGUGACUAUCCCUCCAAACCAAGAUUACAAAUCAGACUCACAUUCUAAAUCUAGCAGAAUGUGCAUCACACUUCUGUAUGAAUGAUAUAAAUCCAGUGACCCACUCCCUUUUCGUCACCGCAAUUUAAUAUUUGAAGAGCUUGAAUGGAAGGGAGAGAGAAUUCUGCCCAAGUCCUGCUGGGAUUGUGAUGGGAAGUGAUGAAGGCAAAAAAAAAAGGAAUAAUGUUCUAUGCCAGAAUAGAUAAGUUGGGACCAACAGAUCAGCAAACUGGUAAUGAAAUGACUGUAAGUGGAAGAAGAUAAGUAAAACAAAGAAUUAGUGUAACACGAUUGUCAGAAAAUAUAAACUUUAUUCCAUGUCACUAGCAUAAAUUUCACCCCAAAUGUUCAAUUCAGGAUGUGUCUCACAUCUUUUAUUGUCUUGCAUAGUAAGGCAAUUAACUAUAUGAAACCAGUUUUUGUCUUAAGUUUCAGAACUGAUUUGUCAUGUUCACAAAGUUCAUAAACCUCAGAAAAGAUCAUGGGAUUAAGUGAACAUAAAUUUAUGCCAAAAUAAAUCUUGCUACUCUUUAAGAUAUCACAAGACUCCUUUGUUCGUUUGUCCUUUUUAAAUAAUAGUACCUAGAGAUGUUUGAGAAGAGAUGCUGGUUUAGUUCUUGAUAUCCAGAGAAGUCCAGAAGGGUAAAAAGAGUUCAGCAUCUGCUAAGGGGAGUGGAUUGAAAGAUGACAUAGCAAAAUAUAAAGAAACCUAUCUAAUAAUUAUUUCAGUUUUUUCGAUACUUGGUGGAGAAAAGUGCAUUUAUAUUCCUUUGAUGAUGGUGAGGUCUGAGUUUGGGGGUGGGCAGAGACGGGGAUUUCAGCUGAUUUGAAAGUAGGCUUCUAAAUUGGAUCGAUGUUUCUGAAGAUUUUUCAGAAGCUGAAAAUGCACUUGAACGUAGAGGUCAGAUUUUGGCUACUGUGCAGCUGCUUGUACAUUUCUUAAUUUUAGAAACAGUUAAGUCUUUUAUUUUUAACCAGAAGAUAGGAAUAGAUUUCAUAUUGUUUCAUGUAUUUCAUGGGAUGCAAUUCUUUGUGCGUGCAUUCUCGUUUACUGUAGAGGCCAAGAUCUUGUUUUAAAGCAUUUUUGGAAACCAUAAAAGGUUUUGAUUUAGUUCAACUGAACUUUAGAAUAUGGGAAGAAAUCAUUUUUUGCCACAAACUCACAAUAAUACUUCUCCAUGAAUAGUAGUAGUAAAAAUAAAUAUCUGAAUAUUCUCAAGCUAAAAGAAUGGAAAAUACAUAAUCACGAAAACUAGCACUAGCGAAGAAUAGGAAUAAGAAAUCAAUGUCACAGGAAACAUUGAGAUUAUGUUUAUCUUUUGUAUAUAGAAACCUGCCCGGAGAAGCAGGUUUCAAAAAGUUUGACGUGAAACUUUAAGCAUAUGAUAAAAGUUAAGUUGACAUUAAGGAAUUAAAGGAUUAGUUUAAGCAUCUAGGAACAAUGGUGUACUGGUAAAUUUUGAUGGGUAGGACUUAGAAAGGAAGCUGCUUUAUACUGAGUCAGACCAUUAGUCCAUCUAGCCCAGUAUUAUCUACACUGACUGGCAGCAGCUUCCAUUCCUCAACAGCACAGCCUGGGGAUAGAUGCCAAGGAUUGCAUCUGGGUUCCUCUGCAUUUAAGAGACAUGGAUGGUCUGGAACUGCUGUUCUACAUGUCCCCAAAGGCCAGUGGGGUGUAGUGGUUAAGAGCGGUAGUCUCGUAAUCUGGGGAACUGGGUUUGCAUCUCCACUCCUCCACAUGCAGCUGCUGGGUGACCUUGGGCUAGUCACACUUCUCUGAAGUUUCUCAGCCUCACUCACCUCACAGAGUGUUUGUUGUGGGGGAGGAAGGGAAAGGAGAUUGUUAGCCGCUUUGAGACUCCUUCGGGUAGUGAUAAAGCGGGAUAUCAAAUCCAAACUCCUCUUCUUCUUCUUCUUUCUAAAUAUUACAGUCCCAUAGCCCAUAUUCCUAGACGGAACUGAUAUACCCUCCACAAGACUUUGAAUCAGCUGGCACUCAUAGAAUAGCUGCAAAAGGUGGGUUUUGUUAGUAUGUUGGAAUUUGUCUGGGAAGAUAACUCAGAUCACUGAUCAGUCAGGUGGCAUGACUGUUAUCCUGUGCAUAGGUAUCUGAAAAGCAUGUUGAGCUUUAACAAAAGAGCUUGAGUCAGCUGCAAUGCAGCUUUUAAUUGGAAAUGAAAGAAAGACAGCUUGCCUUUUAAACUGCUAGAAUAAAGUAGGAACCCCAUCGAAGGAAAGAAGUAUCCAGCCCCUGCUUGAUUAUUUUCCCCAGGCUCUGACUUGUUCUGUGCUUACCUGGCACAAAUAACAGCAAAACUAAAAGCCUCAUUAUCACAUUGUUCACUUCCCAGAACCAGGAGGGCCUGUUAAUUACCCAGGCCUUCUAAUGGAGUUAUUUUUUCCAUGUUAGUUUGACUGUAAACACAGGAUGCAUGAAAGAGCCAAUCAGAGAAAGGAACAUUGUGAUGCAUGGAAUCAUGACAUCCAUACUGCACACAUGUUCCCACAAUGGAGAUCUGGAGAAUGGAAAUGAGAAUUUCUGUCAUCUAAUCAGAAAUUCUUAUAAAAUCAUUGCAAAAUGGUAAUUGACACUCUAGAAACUUAAGAAAUUGUAAGAAUCCUCUGUCUAAUUGCUUGUGAUGUGAAACCAUAACAGUUAAUUUGAUGCAUGUAUUGUGAAAUUUCUUUUGCAUUAUUUUUUAAAAGAAAAAUACAAGAAAUAACAGGUUAUACUGAUGAAUGCAGUAGCAUUUAUUUUAGGACAUUGGAAGGUUUUUGCACAAACAGGAGACUGGAUUGCUAUUCCACUUGUUUAAAAUCUACCAAAAAAAAUCUUUCUCAAUUUUGGAAGACAAUGGAGAUACUAUUUCUUGAAUUAUAGUAAACAAAAAUUAAAAUGAUUUGUUCUGAAGAGAUGGGAAAGUACAAACCUGAAAUCUGGAGUUGCUGAAUGUCUAGGGCUGCAGUCCUAACCCCACUAAUAUGGGAGUAAGUCUUAUUUAAUUCAGGAGGACUAAGUGGACAUGGUUAGGAUUGCACUGUCUGGCCGCAUUCUUAACUCAUCUAGGAGCACACCUCAUUGAAGUCAGGUAGGCUUGUUUAACAUUGUACUGUACUGCUGAUGGCCUGGUUUGGAAGCUCAGUUCCCAGCUUCCCAAUUCAUAGUUUAGCAGCCAGGUUAGGAAAGUGGUGAUAAAUCACGGCAUCCCAUUUCAAAUGUAAUGACUAACUUCAGUUUAAUUAAACCAAGAUGCAAGUACCGAGGAAGGAGGCAAAGGAGUACAUGGUAUUGCAAGUUAGGAACUGACACUGACUAGAUCUAACAAUUCGUUGAAGUUAUUUUUGGAAGGUUAGUGUUGAAUGAUUUGGGAAUAUUUGUACAUUAGGGUUUCUAUAUAGAUUAGUAUGCUUUUGAUGCUCUUAUGAGUUUUGGCUUUGAAAUAUUUUUGUUUCUUUUAUGUGAUUUUGUUAUGUGUGUUUUGUAUGUUUAUUACAAUAAUAAACACUGGAAUAAAAAUGCAACUGUUUUGGAAAGUUACUUUCUAUUCUUAGCCAAGAAUGUUUAAAAUUAACUGAAAAAUAAAACAAAAUAUUUUAGGAUUUACUGUCCCCUGUUACCUGGAAACAGAAAAUGUUUUUCUCUUGCUAUGGCAACAAGAAAAUGUGAAUGUACGAUAAACCAAUAACUUGGAGUUCUGCCACAAAAUAGAUGAGAAAUCUGUUUAGUGCUGCAGUAGAGUUGUAUCUCAAAAUUUCCAGCCUCCACUUUGACCUAAUUCAUCCCCACACUUCUCAAUCUUUUUGUAGAAGUGGAAAAUUACUUGGAAUAAAGCUUUUAUAUGGUAUUUUAGAAGGUUUGCAAACUUAUUCCCGUUAUAGGAAAAGAUGGCUGUUGAGUGUAGGAAAAAAUGUUUCCCUAAGCUGAUUAACAAAAUGGACCAUAUUGGGAUGGAGUUGCUUUUGCUUUCUUUGGACAAAGUAGUAGCAAUGUAUUGAAUUCAGAUUUUGAAUGACUACUUCUAUUGUGUCAUUCAGGAGUGGACAUACUGUAUAUUUUCAAAUUCCUAAGUAGCCUUAGAUUUUCAGAAGCAAGCAGUGGAUCAUGGAUAACUUUGGGCAGCCAAGUACCUGGGUUGAAGCUUUUUAUUUAAUUCACAGACAGAGACAAAAUGACAAAAAGGAUGGUUUAGUAUUUUUCGGUGACAGGAAGGUUUUAAGAAUUUAUGCUGAAAGCUCACUGAGAGUGCACUGUUCCCCAAGUUUACUGAAUACAUUUUAAGCUGACAUGAACCUAAGAAGACUGAGAUAAUGAAGAGCAGCUACUUUCAACCCAACUUAAGUUCCUUGUUGUUGCUGGCGUCUGUCUCAAGAGACAAUGCAGUGCACCUCCAGGGGUGAUUAUUCUUACUUGCAGAAGGUGAAAUGAGACAGAGUGACUUACUCAGGCUCUUACCCUGGCUGUAUUCAGAGGCCAUGCUUUUACUUCUGAACCUUUGUCAGCUCGCAAACCAUCAUUUAGGAGGGGCUUGCUUGAAAAUUACAGUUUGUGCCUGCUGCUUGCUGUUAUACUGUAUAUUUACUCACCCCACCACACAGCUUAUCCAAAAUGGAGAUAAAUAGAGAAAGAAAGGAGAAUGAAAUCAACUACAUCCAGUCCACACAACUCCCUUUCCUUACCAAGUGCUUUCCUCUUUUCACACUGCACAUGUAUUGCCUAUUAUGUAUUUGGAAGCAUAAGCCAUGGUGUCGGUUCCUAACUAUGGUUAGCAGAAACCAUGUAAGGCAUGAUCCUUGAAUGAAACCCAUGGGUUGGUUGACAAAUAACACUUUCCCAUGAUUUAAUGCUACAUGGAUGAGCCUUAACAAGCCGAAUGCUCACCAGAACAAGAUGGUUUGAGCAUAUAACACCAAUCCUAGCCCAACUUCAUUGGCUGCCAAUUAGUUUCCAGGCCCAGUUCAAAGAGCUGCUGUUCACUUAUAAAGCCUUACACAGCUCAGGACCUCAAUACCCUAAGUACAUCCUCUCCCCAUGCAGACUGACCCAGACCCUGCACUUGUUAUCUCUAUGUCCCCACUCCUGAGAGUUUUGGAGGGUGGCAACACAAAAACGGGCCCUUUCUGUGGUGGCUUCCUGACUGGAAUGCUAUCCCCAGAGAGGCUCACCUGGCACCAUUAUUUACAUUCUUUAGGUGCCAGGGACAUUUAUUAUGAUUAUUUUAUCAUAUUGUUAUGCUUUUUAUUAUGUUUUCACUAUUGACGUUCUGUAAAACAUUUUCUUAAUGCUGUACACCACCCUGGGAUCUUUUGAUAAAAGAUAGUACAGUGGUACUUCGGGUUAAGUACUUAAUUCAUUCCGGAGGUCCGUUCUUAACCUGAAACUGUUCUUUACCUGAGGUACCACUUUAGCUAAUGGGGCCUCCCACCGCCGCACAAUUUCUGUUCUCAUCCUGAAGCAAAGUUCUGAACCCAAGGUAUUAUUUCUGGGUUAGUGGAGUCUGUAACCUGAAGCGUAUGUAACCCAAGGUACCACUGUAUAUAAAUUGAAAUGAUGAUGAUGGAAGUGCAAGGCCCCUUGCAUCCAGGAGGAGGACUCCUGCCAAGUUUAGUUUCAGCUUCAGAGAAUCUUGGCUUUGCAUUACUUGUGAACCAGUAAUUCUGGCUUAAAGCAAACAGUGGUUAGUUUCUAAAACAAGCAGACCUCAAACCAUGGGUUAGUUGGCAUGUUUUAACUGCUGAUUGUGUUUGCACAUGAUGCUAAGCCAUCAUGCUUUGACAUUUAAAGUAAACUUGGCAGAGGAGGGCAAGGAAAGUAACAUGUGAGCCUGAUGCUUUGUUGAGACUUGUCUCCAUAAUGCUGAACCAUGAUUUAGUGUUACAGGCAAACAAGCCCAGCAGCUGCAUACACCUCCUGCCCAAUGUGCAUGGACAAUAAGCUUGUGCAUUUCUACCUCCAGUGCAGCUGAGAAGAGGAUAUCAGAAACUUCUGCUUCCAUCUUCCAUUUUCAGCUAUCCAUAUGUUCUUGUUAUGGCUGAAUCUGGACAAACUGUACUUAGAGUUAGCUAUGAUUUAUCGAAAUAAGCAAAGUUCAAACCAUGAUUAUGGACCCUGAUCUGUUUUAGUAAAUCAUAGUUAGCAUUGUGCACAAAAAGCUAAACCAUGGUUCAGCAUUAUGUGUGAACCAAGACAGUGAGUCAGUGGCAGAGGUGGAACUUCAUGCUAGUCCUCCCAAAUGCAAAUUAGGUGGAUUGGAUAAUAUUUCCUGUAUUGCUUACUAAAAAUACUCUCUGGCAUUCUGAAUGAAAAGCUUGACAGACAGCCCUCUCCUUUAUAAGCAGUAUGUGUGUUUGUGUUUUGUAAACAACAAGAGACUUUUUUUUCUUGUUCUGUUAUUUACCAAAACUAAAAGCCACAAUUUUCGAAAUUCUGUGCUUGUUUGACACAGUGUAUUUGUUAGAUAAUUCAGGCACCACUCCAUUGUACUCACAUCUUGAUUUGCUGGAGAGAGCCAGGUUCUGCAUGUUCGUGCUUUACUGGAACUUGAAAAUAAAUGGGCUCCAAUGGCUUUGCGUAAUGGGUUGCUUUUCCACUGCUAUUUCUCCCCACUUCCACCAAACUGAAAGCACUAGUUUCCUGUCUGUCUUGUGUGAUUUCUUGCAUGUAAUUUUAAAGCUGCCUUUUAGAGAGCUCUUCAGAGUAGUGAACAAGAAAAGCCUGUGCAAAGCUCCUCAUCUUCUAAACAACCAAUUUAAUCCUAAAUAAUGGAAAACUGGCUAUUUGCAGAUUCUAAUUUAGAAAAUUAGUGUUUCCAUAUUUGUUUAAUGAUAACAAGGUGGCUUCUAUGAUGGAGUUUCCUAGACAAUAAUAAGAUACUCUUUGGUCCACAUUUGGCCAGCAACAUUUCUUAUUGUAUCUAGCACAUUUAAUAACAGAUCUACAUUAUGGUUCUAACCGACAGUAGAGCUACUCUGAUAGUCUUUUCAUAAUUUAUAUUAUCUUAAUUAUAUUUAUAAUUUUAUUCUGAUUAUAUCUUAAUAGAGAUUGGUGAUGUAUUGUAUUCAUCCCAGAGAAUGUUGCAAUGGUGAUUUGGGAAUUGAUGUAGCAUUUUUUUCUUACAGAGGGGUCAGUUCUGCAGUAACAUAUUCUGCAGCAGAAGGUGAGAAAAUUUUAGAGUAAACACAGACAGGGAGAUAUGCUCCCUUGGACACCCUCAUUUGAAUUCCUGUUAGGCUGAAGGCCAAACUAAAUGUUAUGCUAGUGCCGUACAUGAUUUAUUCAAAAGCUGACUUGGGGGCCAGAGCUGGACCGGUACCUGGAGGGAGCAGGCUUUAACCCCUUGCCUCUGGUAUGGCCUCAUUUAGAAUCGCAUAUUCUCACUCCCAUCUCAGCGUUUCAUGUUCCUUUACUUUUUGAAGUAAUGCUUUUAUUUAAUUAUUUUAAUUCAACAAUUUAUACACAGCUUAGCAGCGUAGUUUCUAAGCAGUGUACAGUGAGGUUACAAAGGAGAUGCAACAGAUAAAACAAGUUAAAAUUUUUACCAAAAAAGCUUCCUUUUGUUCACAAAGUGCCUGUAGUUCAGGGUGGCAGGCGGCCUGUUUUGAUUUCAACUGGGAAAGAGAAUUAGGCUGACAAUACUGAAUGCACGGCUCCUGGCAGAUGCAAGCUGUGCACCUGAGCCAUGGGGGGACCAUUACAGUUUGUGUCUGUUUCAAAACUUUUCAGGGCUCUCUUGGUGCAAAAUCCACAAGAUCUGUCUUUGCAAAAUGGAAUGAAAAUCACAUGCUGAGUACAAAUUAUAGGGUGGUGGGUUCAGUAAUGGUGCAAGUUAUCUAGGCAGCUAUAUUGUGGGUUACACUGGAGGUACUGAGUGGCUUUAAGAAACUGACCAUCCCUGGCCUGAGGCUGACUUGCCAACAAACUGGUUUUCUUCUCCUCUCUCCAAAAUGUAUGACAGAAAUUGAGUACCGUCAAUUGAAAAGCUUGGAGAGGAGCCAAUUCAGGAAGACAUCAACAUUGAAGCUGUUUCUAUAAACACCUUUCUUUCUCUUUUUCAGAGCCAUGGUGUCAUGGAAAGGAAUUUAUUUUGUACUUACACUAUUCUUGGGAAGUUUUUUCGGAAGCAUUUUCAUGCUUGGCCCCUUGCUGCCAUUGAUGUUUUUCUCCCCAUCUUGGUAUCGCUGGGUCACUGAUCGCGUUGUGGCUACUUGGCUUACACUUCCAGUGGUAAGUUGCUUAUAUCUUACAUCUUAUGAAAAGUCCCAACUGCUCAAACCACCCAGACUUUAAAUGCCAAACAAUGACUUUUUAUAUUCAAUAUUUGGACUUAGUUUCAGGUAUAGAAUUGCAGCCAUGCAACACAACCUUGCUCUGUUCAGUAGACCUUAUUAUCCUAAGUGUACCUAGGAUUGCAGGCAUAAUCUUCUAUGUGCUGUCAGGAUAAGCUUCAGAGCUAAUGGCAGAGGGUGAUGGACAACUGUGUCUAAACUUGAGACAGAGAUGGGAGGUGUCUGGACUGGAAAGACUUUGGCAGAUGGCCAAAAUGACAACUAUAGAAGAGCCAAGGAAGAACAGCCAUCAGAUAAGUUAACAGUACUCCUUGUUCUGUUCUGGAAUGGAAAAUUCAAUUAUAAUAUUCAGCAGUCUGCUUUAUUGUAAGGUAUCUUUGUUUCUUCAUUCUUUGAAUGAUCCGCCUUUAAUUAUUCAUCAACAAGUGGUCAUGUUUUUUCCUUCUUUUCCAUGUAAAAUAUAGUAAUUUAUUUGAGAGAGAUAAAAAAAAAUAGGAUUUCCUGGUUGGAACGGUUUGAGAUGAACUGCUAUGCUUAACAGCUGUAACUCUCAGGUCACUUCUUUCCAGCACAUAGUGUCCUCAGCCUGACAAGGUCACCACCUAUUAACCCUAAUAUAUCAGUGUAAUGACAGUGAAGAGUCUUUUAAAAAUAAUUUGUAAGCUUUAGGUGGUUAGCAGACCAGUAAUACAUUUUUUAAAAGAAAAUUUUUACCAGACCUCUUAAAGGUUACCUAUAUGUUUGUUUCACUGUACAUUGGACCGUCCAGUUACAUACUGCUCUGGUUAUGUAACUUUCAGGUUAUGAACGUGGCAAACCCGGAAGUGUAUCCUUCCGGGUUUUGCCACGUGUGCAGAAACGGCACCUCUGGUUACGUUUUUUUGGAGUGCACACGGACCCCCGGAAUGAAUUAAAUUCGUAUCCGGAGGGUCCACUGUACUGAUGAGUUUCUUGUUUUUCUGCUGUUUUAACUGUGUGGCUUAACAACAACUUUGUUGUUGUUGGUUGACAUGACUUUUGUUUGUAAGCUUACUUGAGGGGUAAGGUGACAAGGCAGAGUAGCCAUCAAAGCAAUAUCCUAUGCUGGGUAUCUGUGUUAAUCAGGAGUACAUGCGCAAACAUCCCAUAUAGACCCUAAAAACUAUAGAAAAGAAGCACUGAGCAAAUGAAUGUGAAUGAAGCUUGACUAUGGUUGCAGCAGAGUGCUGACUGUUGAAGGAAGGGAAAAUCAGAGGGAAUGGAACAGAGUGUCCUGUAAGAUCCUGGUUGGCCAGCUGGAACCCUGAACAGGAACACUUAACACUGCAACAUUUUGUUGCAGGUCCCACUUGGAUUUUAGCGUAAUACUGAAAUCAGAAUGGAAGAAAAUGUAUAUUUAGGUCUGAAGUGCUGUAGUUCAACCAUCUCAUCCCCAGGACUAUGUUUAUGAACUGUAGUCUCACAGAAACACAUGAACACUGCUGUUCACUGUUUAAAAAACAACAGCAGUGGGGAGUUAUAAUUGUGCCCUGAGACUGCAGCCCAAAGAAGAUUAAUUUGAAGCCAGUUCCAUUGAACUCAGUGGGAACUUGGUGAGUCUUUGGAAAUAAAUCAAUGUAGGAACAAACUGUUUUCUUCUGAUCAUGUAUUUGAUUCAUUUCCUGAAUUAUCGUAAUGCCAGCAUUUUUAGAGACUCUACCAGGUGUGCUUCCCUCCUCUACAAUUCUAUGAUUCCUGCCUUCUUAAAAUGGAUUUCAAAUAUCUAAUAAUACUGCACAGAGGCUAUGCAUUUAGAGGUUUACAAAUAUUUAGAAUCCGUAAAAAAAUUGUACCAUAUAGUCACUUACAUAUUACUUUGUUUUCUCUGAGCAGAGCUCUGAAAUAAAAAUUCUGGCUAAAUAAGAAGUAAAAUUCAUUUUACCUCUUUCGUUCAUUCUUUCGUUCAAGGCUGAUAGCAUAUUAAAAACCUGUUUUUAAUAAGGAACAACUUAUUGACUGAUAGUAGAAGUAGUGGAACUUACAAAUAUGUCCCAUGGUAUAUGUUUCUUUGUCUGCUUUGUCAUGCAUAAGCCCUGAAGUGACUAAUUCUCUAGUUCUCAUUUUUUUCAUCAGAUGAUGAUGAUCUCAUUUAUAUCCCACCUUUCCCCCAAGGAGCUCAAGGUGACGUAAAUGUAUAGAAUUUUAGGUACAGAAUCAUUGAUUUGUACAGUUGGAAGGGACCCUGAGGGUCAUUUACUCCAACUCACUACAAUACAGGAUUCUCAACUAGAUCACACAUGACCGAUGACUAUCCAAACUCUGCAUAAAAACCCCUAAGGAAGGAGAGUCCACCACCUCUCAUGGAAGUCUGUUCCAGUCUCAAACAGCCCUGACCUUCCCCAUUUUAUCCUCAUAACAACCCUGUGAGGUUAAUGAGGCUGAGAGGGAGUGAAUGGCCCAAGGCCACCCAGUGAGCUUCAUGACUGAAUGGCUCAGUCCCUAGUGCAGCAUUCAAAUCACAGCACCACACGGGUAUUACAUAUCAACAGAAGACACCCCAAAAAACCUCCUGUACCCUACGUAUCUGAUCCACUUCCUGUACCCCAUCUGAUCCAACCAUUGGAGGACAAAAGUGGCUUCACGUGGGAUGGAAAACUUACCUUCCGUGAAAUUCCUUAAGGUGCCUUAUUUUAACAUUUAAGCCAUAGAGUCCAGCAAUCUUACCUGUAGCGGUGCACAGCCAUUAUUUAUUUAUUUAUUUUACUUACUACAUUUAUGUACUGCAAGAAGCUCAGGGGUGUGUAUGUGGCUCUUCACGCUCUUCAUUUUAUUAGUGUAACAACCCUUUGGGGUAGGUUGGAUUGAGAGAGAGUGGCAGACUGGGGAUUUGAAUCUGUGUCUCCUCAGACCUAGUCCAUCUGUUGCACCAUGAUGACCCCACGAUGCCUUUAGAAAGCUUACAGGUGGGGCAUGAGGGCCACAGUACCCACUGUUUUCAUACUGCUUCUGAACAUGGGAGCUCCAGUUAUCUAUUAUUACUGAUAGGGAAGACUUCCAUGGGCAAAACUGAGGUUGAGAAAGUAGGAAUGGUUUUGAUGGAUGAAGUUGGGCUGGGGAACACUUGCAGCACACACACACUUGUUGGAGGCACCAGCUACCACUGUGUGUUAAUAGUUGUAAGCAACAUGUUAAUGAGCAAAACUAUCUCUCUCCCACCUCGAUAGAUGGUCCGUCCGAAUAGCGGUGCAGAGUUUGCUAUGCUUUUAUAAUGGUUCAUUUUUAACCUUGAUCAAUAAUAACAUGCCAGUACUGCAGUUAGCUGAGUCAUCCAUUAAUGCUUUAUGCUCUUUAUAUAGUUCAUUUCACACAGGGAACUAAAAGCCCUUCACAGAGGUAAGUGACAUCUCUGUUGAUUAGAUGAGACAUUGUCUGUCUUAUUUCCUUGUUCCUUCAUCUUUUCUAAUUCUAAUGCUGUUUUAUAUUCCAAACGUCAAGGUUUAUUUUGGGUUAGAAGGCUUCAUUUUUCCCCUUGGGUAGUUCAGGGAAGAAAAUUGGUGUUUUGAUUCUAUUGUGGGUCUGGGUGCCUUCGUCACCUUUUCUGCCAUUGCAAUUGGUUGUUUUUAACCAUCAUCUUUGUAUUCCAACCUUUCUCUGAAAGGCUCAGGAUUGCAUGUCCAUAGUUACUUUAUUCUCAAAGCAACUCUGUGAUCAGUUAGGCAGGAAGAAAGUUAUUUCCUCUAUAAUUUGAAGCUGGAUAACUUUAACUGUUCAAAUAGUGUAAAUACUAUUCCCUUGCGUAGUAAUUUUAAAAUGUCUUUUCUAAUAACAAUUCAAGUUGAUGUGCAACUUUUUUAUAUAAAAAAGACAUAACUCAUACAAAUUAUAUCAAUACAGAUAAAUUAUGUUGGGGUAGGGAACUUCUGACUUACAAGCCAAUAUUGGCCCGUUCUCAAUUUGACCCACAAAGCCAUGUUCCCAAAGUCACUUCCACCCUUCUGCUAAUGUCACUCAUGGCAUCAUCUGAUGGAUUGGAAGCUACGGUUAAAUCCUGCGUUGCCUGCAUUCCUGUUCCGAGCAAGAAACAGGAGAGCAGCACAGCUGAAGCAGCAGGAUUUGACCUCCAUGCUUGUCAGCUGAUAAAUCCUGCUUGGUUUGGCUGGAUUCCAUGCAGCACCUUCCUGAUUCAGAAAGGGGGCCUGUAUGGAAACUCCUGCUGAAAUGGAGGGGGGCACUGGCCUUGCAAGGUGCUCUGAAGUCCUGAGUUUGGGACUACAAAGCACCCUGCAGCUGACAUAAUAGGGAAGUCAGGAGAUUGACAGAUGGGAUGUCCUGUGAAGCGUAUCAUUAUCAGCCCAUGGAGCCGAAAAGGUUUCCAACCCCUGAGUUAAAUGAUUCUGCUGUGCAGCAAACCACAACCUGACCAGUCUAUGGACAGAAAGAGCAGUGUCAGAGAAAGGCAUAAAGAGAUUGGUGUGGUAUGAGGCUUCCCAGAAGGAAUCAUCCAAAGGGUAGAUGCUAUCAGGCAGGAGAUCCCACAGCAUAGGCAAAUCUUGCUUCAUGCAUGGAAGGGUGAAGGUGUUCAUUGUUUGGGGAGAUAAAUAUGACUGCCUUGAAUUAAUGUGUCUAUUUUCUGCUGCUUUCACCACAACCAUAAUGGUUCUUCUGAAUCAUGUGGUUAUUUGACACUGAGUCCUUUGAGUAUGCAAGGUCCACAUUUUUUUCCUGCAGUGGGUGCUCUGUAAUAGUCCCAUUGGUACUGUACAGUUGAACAGUAUGCUACUCCUCAAAUGCUUUCCCCAAACCAUUCUGCUAAAUAAUUUUUUAAAAAACUAGGUACAUCGUAGAAACAUGCACUGGCUACUAUAAACCUUUGGUGCAAGAUAAUGUCUUGAUUUAUAUCAUUGUAAAUUAUUUGUUCUCAGAUAUUUGCAUGUUUUCAAAGUUAAUAUAAAAUCAAAUUAUUUCUCUUAGGCCUUACUGGAGAUUGUAUUUGGAGCAAAAGUGGUUAUAACAGGUGAUGGAUUCAUCCCCGGAGAAAGAAGUGUCAUUAUCAUGAACCACCGAACUCGAAUGGACUGGAUGUUCCUAUGGAACUGCCUGCUGAGAUAUAGCUACCUCAGACUUGAAAAAAUAUGUCUCAAAUCUAGCCUCAAAGGCAUUCCAGGAUUUGGUAGGUCACCAACAUGAUAAAAACUUUCUUUUUUGUUUAGCUUUAUAUGAUGUUGUAAUAUUUGCUACCUUAUAUGGUAGUUCAGAAUAUUUGAUUUUAGCUCUGCUGUUUUUAUAAUGAUGGGUUUCAUUGUUCUGUUUAUUAUUUUUCGGCAUUAUUGUUAGCUGUCUUAAGGGAUCUGUGGAGCCAUGCAGAAAGAGAAAAAUUCCAAAAUGAUAUCUAAAACCUUCUGUCUGUUAAGCAUGUAAACUGCUUUCCAACUCACAUAGGCUAAAAUAAUUUGUUUUCAAAAUAUGUCUUAAAAUAUUAUUCUCUUCAGAUUAGUUGCAUAUUUGUUUGUGCUGUCUUGUUUUAUUGCACAGUGGUCAAACUCUUAGAAGAUAAAUCCCAUUUCUUUUUCUGAUAGACAUACAAGUUUGGUGGAUCAGGGAAUGCUGUGGACAUAGUGUAUCUUGAUUUCAGUAACUCGCUCUACGUGGGGCUGCCCUUGAGACUGACCCAGAAACUCCAGCGGGUGCAGAAUGCCGCGGCGAGACUCCUUAUGGGGUCUUCGCUGCGAGAUCACAUUCAUCCGGUACUAUACCAGCUGCACUGGCUCCCGGUGGAGUACAGGAUCAGGUUUAAGGUGCUGGUUUUAACCUUUAAAGCCCUAUACGGCCUAGGACCCUCGUACCUACGGGACCGCCUCUCCUGGUAUGCCCCACAGAGGAACCUACGGUCUGCAAAUAAAAACAUCCUGAAGGUCCCAGGCCUCAGAGAGGUUAGGCUGGCCUCAACUAGAGCCAGGGCUUUCUCGGCUGCGGCUCCAAUCUGGUGGAACGCUCUGUCACAAGAGACUAGGGCCCUGCGGGACCUGACAUCUUUCCGCAAGGCCUGCAAGACAGAGUUGUUCCACCAGGCCUUUGGUCAGGGCCCAGCCUGACUCCCUCCUCUGGCAACCUGCACAGAACUUUGCUUAACGAUUGCCAUUAAUUUGAUUUUAAUUAAUUUUUAUAAUGAAAUGUUUUAGAAUGUUGGAUUAUUUGAUUGUUUGAUUAUUUGUUUGUUGUUAGCCGCCCUGAGCCUGGCUUUGGCUGGGGAGGGCGGGAUAUAAAUAAAAUUUAUUAUUAUUAUUAUUAUUAAGGCUUUUGACAAAGUCUCCCAUGCUAUUCUUGCAGAGAAGCCGGUAAAAUGUGGUCUAGAUGAGGCAACUGUUAGGCGGAUUUGUUGGUCGGCUUGAUGACCUUAAGCAUACAGCUGACAGGGCCCAAACUAACAAAAGAAAUUUCAAUAGGGGCAAAUAUAAGGUUCUAUACUUUGGCAGGAAGAACAGCUGCACAAAUAUACGAUGAGGGACACAUGGAUUACCAGUAGUACAUGUGAGAAGGUCUCUUGGUGGACCACAAGCUUAACAUGAAUCAACAGUGUGAUGCAGCAGCAAAAAAGGCUAAAGUUUUUCUAGGCUGCAUCAACAGAAGUAUAGUGUCCUUAUCAAGGGAAGUAAUAGUACUGCUGUAUUCUGUCUUGGUGAGACCCACCUGGAGUAGUGUCUAGUUCUGGGUGCCACAAUUUAAGAAGGAUAUUGACAAGCUGGAACAUUUGCAGAGGAGGGCAACCAAGAUGAUCAAGGGUCUGGAAACCAAGCUGUAUGAGGAACAGUUGAAGGAGCUGGGUAUGUUUAGCCUGGAAAAGAGGAGGCAUAAGAAGCGCUCUGUUGGAUCAGACCAAAGGCUGCUUAAUUUUUAGCAUCCUGUUUCCCAUGAUGCCUUUUGAGAAACUUGUAAGCAAGACCUAUAGGCAGUAGCCCGCUCCUGCAACCAUUAUUCUGGGGCAUGCUCCCUCUCUACCUGGAGGCAGCAUAUAGCUAUCAUGAGUAGUAGUCAUUGAUAACACUAUACUUUUUUAUUCUUGGUUUAAAAACUUACUAAGAACAUUUAUUCUUACCUACUCAGUACUGAAGAUUCUGCUGUUCACAGCUGUGUUAUUUUGAUGGAAUGUAAGUGACAGAAAGGAAAUAACAAAGAGCCCAUUCAGUUGUAACGAACCAUCACCUUUAAAGUCAACAAUGCAUGUUGGGCCUGGAGCGCUCCUCUCCCUUUUAAAUAAACCACAAUAGAAUCUCUGAAGCUGAUGUGUGCCAUAAUAAACGAAGGUUUAUUAGGCCAAGUUCAUCACGUCGCAACUGGCCUGUGAAGUAGUUCUUUCCUUUCCUUUUGCAUUUAGAAGGGGCAGAAAAUAAACAGCAACUCUUCAAAUGUAGCCGUGGCACUGUCAGCCUCAAUCAACAAGAGAAGUCUCAAGGCAUUGUUUGUAUUCUCUUUAUCUUAUAUACAGUAUAUCCUAGUGUGGUGAUAAUAGAUAGUGUGGUACACAUACCACUUUUGUAAGGGGCUACGCAUGUAGCCUGUGUUGAAACUUUCUAAGCACACAAGUGUAACCCUCCUGGAUCAGCUCCAAAGACCUAUCUAGUCCAGCCUUCUGUUCCUCAUAGUGGCCAGCCAGGUGCCUAUUAUGGGAAGCCCACAAGCAGGAUGUUCAUUUAGCAAAAGGUGCUCACUUCACUGGUUCACAAAAAUAUACUUUGUUUUAUGUGUACACUUGUAAAAAUUAAGUUAACUGGCCACCCUCCACUAGUUAGAGUUUGCCCUUUCAGAAAAGUUCUGAUUGUAUUUAUUGCUUUCACUCACUAUUCUACUAUUACUUUGAUUUCUCAGCUGAUAUCAUCAGAAACUAUUAAGGUACACCGGUUGCAUUGUGCAUACCAAUCUUUAGUUUUGUUCUGUUGAACGUAUAGGCUCUAACAAGCCUUCUGUCUCAAACAAAAUUUUCAUCAGUUCAGUCAUACCCCUUUAUUGCUAGGUCACCUUUACUCUUUCACCAAUUACUUGUGGAAUGUAUGAUAUGGUACAGUUCACUUACCACUGGCAUAACUGUAAGAAUUAACAAAGAGUACCUUGGAGAGCAUUUCCCUUUUUUCUUUUAAUUACUUACCAUUCUUAAAACUUAAAUUACCCAUUAGAGCUUCUGCCAGUAAUAAGCAAAUAUCAGCAUCAUGAUGAUGAUAACUUCAAUUUGUUUUGCCAAAAUCCUGGAGUCGUAUUCAAUGCUGCUGCAGUGGAUUUCCAUGCAUACACGUGGAGCUUCCUUUUUAUCUCCUAUCCUUUCCAGCCCCCCUUCUCACAUUCUUAUAAUCAGCUCUGAAGGUUUGGGGAUUUCUUCAGAGAAGAUUUUGGGGGUGCACAAGGAAAGAGAGGAAACAGGGGUCCCAUUGCACCUCUGGAACUCUGCACAUGGAGCAUUGGAUACAACCCUUGCUAUUUACUGGCUGUUCAUUCAUUCAGUCAAUCAGUCAGUCAAUCAGUUAUUAAAUCCUAUCUUUGGGGAUAUAAAUCCUUCCAAAAAAAUACAUUAACAAAAUCACAAUAACAUUAAAAUGUAACAUUUUAUCAAUAUCCUUCUCAGUUGGCAAUUGAUGCUAGAUGACUCUGUAUGAGGAAUGGGAAGAUCCAGAUCGAGCAAGAUCUAAGUUGGUCUUUGCUUGCCUCUCUCUCUCGUCCUCUCCUGGUGUUCUUUCCACAGCGAAGUGGGAAGUUAUAUUAGGGUUUGUGGGUCACAGCUCCUUUCUGUGCAAGUGAAACGUGAGGUUACCAGAGCAUGUUCCACUGUGGCCCAUGCAGGAAUGGCCACAGCUGAUGGGUACUUUUCACCACCAAAUCCACCUGAGCCUCAAGUGGUGAUGGCACUGGAUAGCACCACUCCUAAGAGUAUCCCCAGACUCUGAACCUGCUGCUUAUGGAUGAAUGGAACUCUGGGAAUCACUUACCAACAGCACCACCAUCUUGUCAGGAUUCAACCUCAGUUUAUUGGCCCUCAUGCAUCCCACUGCUGCCUCCAGACACUGGACUACCACCAAAGUAGUUUCACCUAGUUCAGAUGGUAUGGAGAAACAGCGCUGGGUGUCAUUGAUGACACUGAGCCCCAAAUCCUGUGAUAACUCCACUCAACUUCAUAUAGAUGCUAGAUAGCACCAGGGACCAGAUGGAACUUUGUCAAACCCCACAGCCCAAUUGCCAUAGGGCUGAACAGAAGUCACCCAAUGCUACGCGCUGGAAGCAGCCCUGCAGGUUGCAGCGGAAUCAUUAUAAUAUUAUGCCUCCAUCUCCCAGCCACAGAGAGGAUACCAUGGCUGAUGGUAUCAAAACCUGCUGAGAGCUUCAGGAAAAUCCAGGAGUUGUUAAAGGCAGAAGGCUAUGGUGGGAUAACUUUCCCCGAAGUCUUUCAGUGUUAGCUAUUCCCUGAUGGCUGCUUCCCUCGCAGUUUUUUAAAGAUAAUAACAUUCUCAGAUAGUGACUUUUGCAGGUUAUUUUUGAAUUGCAUUUUGGAUGUUCCACACAAUACCACACAUGUGGAAAUAACCAUGGCAUGGCAUUAGCUGCAUCAGAAAAUUGUAUGGUUAGACCUUGGUCUGUUUUUCCAAGUUAUGCAUAAUGCAGUAAUAAAAUUGUGGAAAGGGUCAAGUCCACAGCUCCUCCAAAGGGAGGCCACCUCUUUCUUUGUGAAAGAUAGUAUUUGAGUAGGGUCAAAGGUUUCUGUUAAGCAUAGGCCUUCCAUUAUCUAAGUGCUGUAUAAAUAGCUUGUGGUUUGCUUUGUGGACUGGAGGCAAUGGACUCUUUAAGUGAGAGUCUGAGCAACAGUGACAUGUGAUAUCUUCCAGCAAUUUCAUCAAGGGCUGUCAGACUUAAUUACUUUAGAGUUAUUUAUGUUAUGAGGUAGCUUUGGGAGUGUAUGUUGGAAAGUGUUCUCUGUAGUGUUAUCACUCUUGUAGAAUUGUUUACAUCAGAAAGAUGCAUACCAACCAGAUUUUUUUAAAAAAUUAUUAUUAUUAUUAUUAUUAUUAUUAUUUUGGAAGUUGGAACAUUAACCCUGCUCUAAAUUUGUGCUGGGAAAGGGGAAUAAAAUGACUAUUGUAAUAGCUUGUAAUCCUGCUUUUUAUGCUUUAAAUAAGUCUGGUCUCAUAAAGGUCUGUGUUGUAAGGGAACAUUUUGUGAAAAGUGAUGGCUUAGAAUAAUAAUUUGAAGGGAUCAAAACACAAAGACCAAAGGUUCAGUUUAAAAAGCAUUCAUCUAGUCUCCCAUAGGUAAACUGAAUUCAGGCCAGUGUGUUAAAAUCGCUAAAAACAACUAAUUUGCAUAUUUUUGCCUGCUAAGCAAAUGUGCCAGAUGACUCAAGUAAGCAAAUCAUCUACUAAACAUCCUAUAAAAGUUUUGUUUAUACAAAAUAGGGGGGGGGGAGAGGAAAUAAUAUGUUCCGAUUCACUUGAAAUGUCCAUACCUUCCAGCUCAAGCAUCUUAAUGUAGAGGGCAAGGAGCCAAUGUACUACCUGAUUAACUAGAGAGGUUGGGUCUUGUCAUCUGGGCAGCCCAGGACCUCCAUGCACACAGCCCAGGCUAGUACCCUGGGGAGAUCACUUUGGUGCCAGUAAUGACUUCACCCUUGGAGACACAUUCCAUUGUCUCCUGAGACAGAUGGAUGCCAACAGCCUUAUAGACUGAGAAUAAGUAGGCAGACUUGAGGUUGCAUGUCAAGCAAUGAGACAAGCAUCUGGAUUAGAGGUGAAUACUGCAUAGCAGAGUUCAAAGAAAUAAUAGAUGGAUAUUCAGCUGAGGUUUUGUCAUCUGAAUGCCCUUAUUAGAUCACAGUGUUGAAAUUAACCUACUCUACUUUCAGCCAUAGAAAAACGAUGUAAAAGUCACUGAUGCAAUCUGUUGCAUGCAUAUUUAUUUAUUUAUGCUUGUUCAUAAAUUUUCUUAAGAUGUCUUUUGAUUCCUGUGGUGCUCAAGAUGAUGAACAGUAUUCCAAAAUCCACUGUACACAGAGAGAGAGAGAGAAAGAGAGAGAGAGAAAGAGAGAGAGAGAGAGCGCACGUAGAUACCACCCCCAUUAUAAUUGAAAAACACAUUUUCAAAUUUUUUUCAAUUACCUACUUGUGGGAGCUACAUAAUGAGCUAUUGUCUGAUGUUCUGGAGUAAAGGAGUUUCUUCCAAAUUUCUACAAGGAGAGAUGGCUAUGCAGCAUGCCCUACAAUAAAUGAUAGUAUGUGCAACGUGGUCUCUGACACAUUAUGCGGUAUCUUGUAGUUGUUUCCAGCUUGAGGACCCUUUAGCCAACAUGGUGCUCUCCACAUGCAGUAGACUACACUUCCUGUCUCACCCAGCCAAUAUGACCAGUGGUCUGGGAUGAUGGGAGUUGUAGUCCACAAUAUCUGGAGGACCUCUCAUUUGCUUUCAAAUGAAGGACUUUUUUUGUAGUGGCUUCUCCUGCAACUAGUUGGUUGGUGAAACUGUAACAUUCAACAUUUUCCCUUGAAUACAACUAUUAAUAGUGCAGCAACUCUGCCCCAUAUUGAAUCUGGUAAUUGUUUGCCAGGUCACUGAGUUCACAUGUGAAAUGCAUUAAUUUAUGCAGCACAGGUCAGAUUCUGCAAAAAGAAAGGAAAGAUCAAGUGGUGUGCAUUUCAAGGACUUAUCACUUUACAAUGAUAGGCAGUUGAAUUUGCAAAUUGAAAUGAGAAGGCAAGAUGCUUGAGUUUCAGUAAUGAUAUUGAGCUAAAAAGCUGUAAAAAUGUACUUCUGCUAAAAAAAAAAUCUUAAUUAUAAGAAUUUUUUCACCUGUGUAUUCUUAAUAGGUCCCAAGUAUGUUAUGUUCUAGCUCAUGUUUUUAAUGUUAGACAUGACUCAGUCUCUUAGUGUUAUUUUGCACCCCUGAUUUAAUAUCAUUAAGAAUAACAUAACACCUACUUUUUCCCACACCUUUCAGAGGGGUCACUAACACAUCUGACAUAUUUUAGUGCUAGCCCAUACACUUUUUUCUAUAAUAACUGUAUUACAUGCAAAGUGGUCUUCCCUAAGAAAUUGGUUAUGUUUUCACAUAAAAUUAUCUGUUUGUUUGUUUGUUUUUUAAUACCCUUUUUAUUAUUUUUAUUUUAACAAAGUAAUAAUAAUAAAUAAAUACAAAUAAAAAUGUGCGCCCCCACCCCAAGACCAUUCCAUUGUAACUAUCCAACUUCCCAAAUUUCAACACCUCUUGCAAUGAUUUGACCUCUUUCCAUUUUAACAAUACAAAUUCUACAAAUACCUUCCAUAUUUCAUCAAAAUCAUUUCUCCUGCAUAUUCCCUGUCUUACCUUAAGAGCACAUGGUAAUUUAUUAUUAAUAGCUAUAUCUCACACCUCUUUAUACCAUUCUUCCAUUUUAUAUUCACCUUACCCCUUCCACUUCCAAGAUAUAACACCUCGUGUAGCUGUCAGUAAAUUUGUGAGCAAGUCUUUCAUAGCCUGUGAACCUUCCACCCCAUCAUAAAUUGAGAACAGUGCUACCUCUGGACAUUUGGCCAGCUUUAACCCAGUGAUUUCUGUUAUCUCCUUAAACACCCUUUGCCUCUUUUAAUUUGUUAAUCUUCUAAAUUUCUUGUUAUAUUUAUUCCCAAGUACUUUAUUACAUGUCUUAAUUUUAUAUCUAUUUUUUUUCCUUCAAAAGUUUUUGGUUUACAUCUUGAUCGUAGUUAAAUAUCAUCAUCUCUGAUUUGGACCAAUUAAUUCACAACCUUGUUUUUUCUCCACUUUUUUUUCUAAUGUGCCUCUAUUGCCUGCAUAUUUUCCAACGGAUUUUUGAUUGCUAUCAAGGUGUCAUCUGCAAAUAAGCUUAUUUUCUCUUUUCCAUUAUUGCUUAAUCCUUUUAUAUUUCCAUCUUCUAUAAUUACAUUGACCAGAGUUUCAAUGACCAAUACAAAUAAAAUUGGGGAAAGGGGGCAUCCUUGUCUUGUACCUCGGACUAGUGUUAUUUGUUCUGUUAUACCAUUGUUCACGAUGGCAUAUGCCUUGUUCCUCAAGUAUAAUUGAUUUAUUAAACCCUUGAAUCGUUCUCCAAAUCCUAAGCUUUCUAUAAUCCUGUUUAACACAGUGUUACAAAAUUUAUGUUUGAUAAUUUGAGAACUUAAGUUAUGGAUAUGCACAAGCAAGAAAUUUCCAGCACAGUAUUUAAAAGACUCUUCAAAAUUCCUCUAGGCUGGGCCAUGCAGGUUGCUGCCUUCAUUUUUAUUCAUAGAAGAUGGGAAGAAGACAAAAAUCAUUUUGAAAAUAUGCUGGAUUACUUCUGUGACAUUAACGAACCACUGCAGCUUCUCAUCUUUCCCGAAGGAACAGAUCUGACAGGUACUUUAAUUCAAUUCUCUCCCCACCAAUCUUCUCAGGGUAGAAAAAAUUGUGUCACAAUUAUUCCAUUUAAAAGUUUACAAUUUAAAAUGCAAGUUUGACCUGCCAUGUGUUCAGUGGUGUUUUAUCUUGAAAAGUUAUGCUUUAUGAGACUUCUACAAGUGAUACUAGUAUCCAUAGGGCAGGAGCUUGAGAGGAAAUACUGCACAUAUUCUGAAGUGGGUUCAAAACGGCCACAACCUUUUUUUGAUGUGGCAUAGGGCACAGAUCAACUGUGGAUCAUCCUUACUGCUAUUUGAUAGUACAGCCACCCAGCCCACAUUGAUGGGAGUAGCAGAAAUUUGAUAAAUUUCUAAGGUUUGAACGACCUGGAUGUUGGAUGGGUAUGGCAGCCCCCAAACUCGACUGGGUUUUGAAGUGACAUCCAAAGGUUCCUUAAGUGGAUUAACUGUUUUUAAUAAUCUUAUGUGUUAGUUGCCUUGAAACAACAAUCUCCCAGUGGGGAGCAGGGAAUCCCACCCGUGCUUAUCCCUGCUAUACAUCCAGCCCAGUGCUUCCAAUGUGUCUAUAAUGAGACAUUGGCCUGGUUUGCGUGUCACAUUAAGGCCAAGCUAUGGUUUAACACGGGACAUGGGUGGCGCUGUGGGUUAAACCACAGAGCCUAGGGCUUGCCGAUCAGAAGGUCGGCGGUUCGAGUCCCCGCAACGGGAUGAGCUCCCGUUGCUCGGUCCCUGCUCCUGCCAACCUAGCAGUUCGAAAGCACGUCAAAGUGCAAGUAGAUAAAUAGAUACCAAUCCGGCGGGAAAGUAAACGGCGUUUCCGUGCGCUACUCUGGUUCGCCAGAAGCGGCUUAGUUAUGCUGGCCACAUGACCCGGAAGCUGUACACCAGCUCCCUCGGCCAAUAAAGCGAGAUGAGCACCGCAACCCCAGAGUCAGCCACGACUGGACCUAAUGGUCAGGGGUCCCUUUACCCUUUACCUUUUAUGGUUUAGCACGAAUGCACAAGUGUGUAGGUUCACUGAUAAUUUUGAUGCUGUAUCAUACUGUCUGGACUUUCUUUUGUGUAAAUCAAAUAAAAGUGACUUUUUCCAUGUGGAGUAGCCUUCAGAGAGGAAUAAAUGCCAUUGCUUUGGGUAUAGUCACUGCUUCCUGGUGAUGGUCUGUGGCUCAAAAGUGCACUUUUGGAAUGUGUUUUAUAAAUGUGUUUGAAGUGCUGAAUGCUUCCGAGACACAUUCGUACAAUCUGAACAUUACUACAUUAAAUUCAAAAUUGUGGAAUGCUCUCCCCAGGGCGGCUUGGUUGGUGCCUUCUACACAUAUAUUUAGGCACCAGGCAAAAACUUUCCUUUACUCUCAGCCCUUUAACUAAUUAAGCUAGGGUUGCCAUAUUUCAAAAAGUGAAAAUCUGGACAAAUGUUGUUGAGCUUUUUCUUCUUAUAUUUUUCUGGCAAAAAAAAAUGAGCUGACAUGGGUUGCCGAUUUUCAGAAAUUCUGCUUGGACUUUUAAGCUCUCUGUCUCCCUCUCCAUGUGUGUGUGUGUGUGUGUGUGUGUGUGUGUGUGUGUCUGAGAGAGAGAGAGAUGGGGGGUAUUGUUUUAUAUGUUAUUAUGUUUUGCAUUUUUGUGUUUUUAUAUUGUAAACUGCCCUAUGAUCCUUGGAUCAAAGGCGGUUUAGAAAUGUAAUAAAUAAUAAACAAUAUUUUCUUAUGGGGUGAAUAGACUUACAGCUUUGUUUUUCACUAGAACUCCUAGAUCUACCAGCCAGAGCUAACUGUAAUAAUAAUAAUAAUAAUAAUAAUAUAUAAUAUAGUAUAGUAUGAAAUUAAAGAAUGUGGUGUCUACGAGCACAGUUAGCUUUCUUCAAUUUUAGCAGCCUUAUUUAGGAAAAGUUACUUUUUACUAUUGUUAAACAACAGGGAAUCAGAAAUUCUUGUCAAUCUACCACAGAGAUGUCCCAGUAUACUCACAUUCAUCCAGAGAUAUCCCAGUGUACUCACGUUCAUGCCUUUGAGGAUUUAGUAUUGCACUAUUGUCAGGGAACAUGGCAAAGAAAUAUAAGCAAAAUUAAUAACAUGCUGCCCCAAAGAACUUACAGUAAGUUUGACAGUAGGGAAGGGGGCACAAGCUGGAGGGAUGGGAGAGGAUAAUAAAAGAAUGGCAGCAGGAAAGAAGGGGCAGAGAUGCUUGAGAGAGCAAAGUAUGUUCCAAGGAACUGAGGGCAAAAUUAGAAGAGGAAAAGCCUUGGGGAUAUACCUGGUGCAUUUUAAAAAUCGGGUCACAGAGUUUGCGUUGUUGUGAAUGAAAAUGAGUAGCAUCAAGAUUGGCAUGGUCUGCACAACUAGAAAGAAAUUAUUUGUCAGCAGAGUUCUGGAUUGACAAGGGAAAGGGAGGAAUUUAACAGUAGUUCAAGAUGAGAAAUUGGAUAGAGAAGACACACUUUUGCCAGAAGAAAUGGCAUUACUUGGUGAUAAAUUAAAUAAAAGCAACAAGAGGAAAGAUAAUAGAAGAGAGUAAGACCUGAAAAGAAAGAGGAGAAGUGCAAUCAUCUACAUACUGAGCUUGGGGUGGCAAUAUAGGAAUAAUUUUUUUGCUGCAAGUAUUUCUCUCUAUUCCUCCUAUUCUAGCACUGAAAUAGUUGUUUAUAUACCAAGUGGGGGGUCCUGAUGUCCCAGAAUUAAUCAAGCUGUGAAAUAGGUCCAGAAGUUGGUCAGGUUGCUAGGUACUUAAAGACAUUUUUUCUGUUAUGUGUCUGAGAGUCACAAAGUUCGAUUAUUCUUAGAUUGUGUUGCCAGGCAAAGUAGCGCUGUGUGACAGCAGGUAACAAGUAGCUUUUUUUCUUCUGUGCGCUCCAUCAUAAAUAGAAUAAAUAAUAAACCAAAUGCAAAUGUUUGCUCUUGCAUAUAGCAGCUAAGUUUACACGGGAAGUAAACUGAAAUGUGUUCCUGUAAGGAAGACAGCACAAACAGAAUACUUUCUAAUGACAAAGAAUAUCAUAUUCUGUUCAGGUUGUUUUGAUUAUGAAGUUUCACACUAUCCCCUUGCCCCCGGAAUGUCAUGAUUUUCCAUCACCACUACAUAUUUCUGUGAAGUUUAAACUCAGUACAUUUGAAAUAUUAAAGAUACAAAAGCAUUUCAGUACUCUCCUCCCAGAUUUUAAUUAUUUUGUACAUUUUGUUUUUCUUUUAUACCAUUACCUUAGCAGAACCAAGUAUUUUUAAGGGCUAAUAAAAAUAUUCAUUAUUUAUUUUAUUACUAUUUCAUAAAAUGUAUACAAUGCUUGAUUGUUAAAAAAAAAUCUCAACGGUGUUUACAAAGAGAGCAAAACAAUAAAAUUAUCAGUAAAAAAAACAUAAAACUCUGUAAAUCAUUCAAAACAUAAAAUCAAUAAACUAAAAAGGUUCAAAUAUAUAUCUGCACAUUACAUGUCUGAGUAAGCUUGGGUAAGAAAAGUGUUUUUAGCAGGGACUGAAAAACGUACAGAGAUGGCGCUUGCCUGAAGUAAAUAGGCAGGGAGUUCCUGAUUGUAGGCACUGCCAACACCAAAAUAUUUAUUUCUUACAAAUGCAGAACAGGUAUCAUGUGGUAACUGUAACAGCACCAGUUCUGCGAAUCGAAGUGGUCAAAUGGGCAUAUAUGGGGUAUGGUGAUCUUGCAGGUAAAAUGGCGCCGGGUUGUUAAUGGCUGUAACUUGUAGUUACUUAUUGAACGUGGCCCAGUAGCAAAUCGGCAAUCUCUGGGCUCAGGUGUCAUUUACUGACAAGGCCUCACUCCUGCGAGCAGCCAUGCUGCAGCAUUCUGCACUAACUGCAGCUUCUGGAUCAAGUGCAAAGGAAGCCCUGCAUCAUAUGACCUCUGUACACUCUGGAAAAAGUAAGGUAGUGUGAUGUGUCCAAAAGAGUAUCAAAUUUGGUUAGGGAUGUAGGAGAUUUCUCUCCACCCCCCAAAAAUGGUUAGACCUAGGAAGAACCUGGUGGAGCUUCAUGUGGCAAGAAAGUGAAGACUUCCUGUGUGUACCACAGAUCAAAGGUAAAGUGUGUGGUACCUGCUCUUUCUGCUAAUGCUGUUGCCUUUCGUUGCUAAAUGCUAAAUGCCCCUAAUAUUGCCCAUCUGCUAGCAGCUUCAACUGGCAUACUGUCAAAUCUUAGUGCCUGAGAAGGAUUUUUUUUUUCUGAUCUUGUUGAUUCUAAUGCCUUAGCCCCACCUGAUUGGUGACCAGUUGCAGCCUGAUUGACUAUUGAUGAAGCCUUCUGGAGCAACCAGUGUCUCUUGGGAAAUGGAAGCUGCUGACUAAGGUCACACAUUUUUGUGUGUUUUUUGUCUGACUCUUUAUCCACACCUUCCUGUUUUUCUACCUGUUUGCCCCUCCUUCCAUGGGAGAGCUGGAAUAAUGUCAAAUUGACAGAAUGUUUGCCUCUAGUUCCUAGGGCAUCAUUCUGCAAAAGCCUUCGGAUUUGCCGUGAGUUCUGUUGUUUGAGGCUGAGUCCUACAGCUCACGGAGGAGCUUGGGGCUAGCUUUGACCCAAAGCUUUGCAUCAGCCAACUUUCCCUGACUCUCUGCAUAAUAAGAACUGAACAUGGGGGGGAAAGAUGUUUAUGUAAGAAAGCAAAACAAGAAUUAUUUCCUGGUGUUAUUAAUCUCUUAUAAUCUCCUUGAUCCCUUGCUCCACUGAUGUGCUCUAUGAUGCUAAAAUGUUCUAAAGCUUAGUCACAACACUGAUUUUAAUCAAUGUUUUUCAUGCUCUUUAUAGACAACACCAAAGCCCGCAGUAAUGAAUUUGCUGAAAAGAAUGGACUUCAGAAAUACGAAUAUGUCUUGCAUCCAAGAACUACAGGCUUCACUUUUAUAGUGGAACGACUAAGAGAUGGUAAUGGAUCUUUGGAUAUGCUUUUCUUUUCUUGUCAUCUCAAAAUAAAUAAUAUCUGGUGAGGAAUGUAGCUGAGAACCAAUUGCUUUGAGAAGGUUUCUCCAAGAUUUUUAAAAACGGAUUCUACAUUCUAAAGAAGAAGAAAUUACAUAUUCUGAGUAGUGGCAACAUUUCUAGUGUCUUUAAAAAUGAAAUAAUUUGAUGAAUGAAGGCAUAGAUAUUAUAGCAAAUUAAAUUGCUUCCAUUCUAUACAGUGAAUUUUGUAUGCUGGUAUUGGGAAGCACUUAGAUGAGGUUGGUCUUGGGGCAAACUAUAUAUUGUAAGAAAAUGUUUGUAAUCAGGUUCCAACCUCAAUAAUUACUAUUAAUGAAAAACAACCUUAGAGCACUGUAAUUUUGAAGGGUGAAGGGGGAGCUUGAUGCUCUCCCUCGGGGCAGUUUUUCUACUCAAAAUAGCACUGAAGCAGCUGCUUUUCCAUGUGGGGUUUCAGAGUUAUAUUUGCAAAUACAUGAGUUUGUCAGCAGUCAUCUAACUUGUUUUGUAUCAACUGUUAAAGCUCAGUGGAUCAAUGUAUUGUCUGCUUUAACAGUAUGCCAGACUCAGGGUUAGCAUGACAUUGUGUUUUCAUUGUUAGGGGGAAAUGUGGGGUAUUAAUAAAUAUAAUAAUCAUAAUAAUCAUAACUACUACUACUACAAUUAGGGUGUUUUGUUGCACUGAACAUUGCAAGAAUUUCAGUUAGUGAUAGGUGCCCACUCUUGUGGUUUUUCAGAAAAAGGAGAGAAAUUUCGACAGUCAGGCACUGAAAAGCUGAUCUUUGUAUGUUCUUUGAUGCAAAGGGAGGAGUGUAUCGGUGUUGUUGUGUCCCUUGCCUUACUCUUUCUUUAUAUCUGGUGUGAAAUUCAGUCCUAGCAUCUUUAUGAUGAAAUGAUGCAUUUGUCAUUCAUGGCGCUCCUUUUUUUGAAGUGAUUCCAGCCUACAUAACACAUGGAAAGGUUAAUUUUUCUGGCAAUAAAUCUGUGAGCAAAACCUGACAGGGAUAAUAAAUAGGAUGCUAUUAUAAUACUGGAGGGAGCAAGUGAGCACAAAAUAGGAUUUGAUCUAAAAUGCAGACACGGCCUGAGAAUGGGGCCUAGUCAGACAACUACUUGGCAGACCAUGUAUUCAGGUCAUUUUGUUCAGCCAGUGGGUCUUUUUGCUUUUUUUUUAUUUUAAGUCCCGGAAGAUUAUUUUUGUUGAGAGGUUAAAUGUAUGCAUAAUAAAGGAAUAUUCUGACUGCUUGGCUAUGACCACAGAUUUCUCUCUACUGCACUAUAACAAAUAAACUUCAGCAGCUUUUGUAGUGUUGUUGUCAGAAGACAUCUGUGCUUAUGGUGGGCCUCUUGAAUUGCCUUUUCACUAGAGGUACUAAUUGUGUACAGACAACAACAGCAAAAACUAGUGCAUUUUGAAAUUAAAACCCAUUAGCAGCUUUGUUAUUUGCAACAAAAAUGAAAAAAUAACAUUGGUGCUACAAUAACAAAUUCCUCCACUUCCUUGUGUGUGGUUUGGUUUGUUUUGUUUUGUUUUUCUUUGUUUUUUUGCAGCAAAUUCAUUUGCUGCCCUUGAAGGUAUCUGCUAUCACUCAUACCUGUCUGAAAGCUGACAGGAUUAAGAACACGGGGAAAGUUAAUUUCCAGGUUGUUAUGGUGAAGUCUUCAAUAUCAUGCCUACAUCUUCGCAGACUGUUUUUCCCUUGUGCAUGGAUGACAACCUUAAAUGCCUCAUACUUUUCUGUGAAUAAAUUUUUGGCUCAUGGCAGUUUUCCAUUCCUCAGGCUGAAAUGCAUUCCCUUCAGGCAUAAGUACAUUAUUUAGCUCCAAAAAUAGGUCAGUGGCGAAGGGGGGAAAUGUCAUGAGAAGUUUAAUUGCUUUUUUAACUUUGCAAAAAUUAAUUUCAUUUGUCAAGAACCUUGAUUAAUCUGUAGUGCAGGCUGUCGUAUGAAUGAAUUACCUGUUAUAUUAUAAAUGCCACUGUUAUAUGAACCGUAAAAAUACUAAGGAAGAAUCUGAAGUAAUAACCUUCAGAAGAGUGUUGCUCUCUCCUUUUUGUAUUAAGCAUUGGCAACGGUAAAAUGACUGAACCUUACUAGGUCUUUAUUUGCUGUGGUUUACAUCAGUCUCAACACCACACUCCUAUAUAUUUUCCCUUAGCAUAGCUGUCUCUAUUUAUAAAUGCAUGACCUCUAUAAUCAAUCACAGCUAAACUUUUGCUGCUGAAGUUUUGAUUUCUUGCAGGUAUUAGUGGAAUUCACAACAAGUACAUUCUCGAGGGGGACUGUUCUUGAAGCCACAGCUGCUCCUCCACGUCUGCUUCCAGACAUCUUUCCUGUUUGGGUUCCAACACUUUUCUUUUCUUUUCUUUUCUUUUCUCUAGCAAUCUCAUAGUUCAGAGCUUGUGGACCCAUUACAGUUCUGCAGCUUUUGUCCUAGGUUAAAUUAGUUUUCACCUGAGGCAGUUGCCAUCUGUGUGCAGAAUGCUAGAGCUACAUCUAGUAGAUUCUCACUUGCCCCAUGUGAAUUGCUUUUAUCCACUGCUUACAGCAAGAAGUAGAGGAAUUGCUUUCCAGAGCUGAUAUAUAUAUAUAUAUAUAUAUAUAUAUAUAUAUAUAUAUAUAUAUAUGUACUCAACUCUUAGCCAUUCUCAAAUAUACUCAGAUUUGGUUCGUAGGAUCAUAUGAGAGAAAUGGCACCUUUCCAUAAUUUGGUGAUACGACAUCUCCUGUGAUGGUCUAGGCAACUACAGUGGUUUAUUUAAGUGACUGAAUUACCUAAGAAUGCUGAAGCACACCUGAGAUGGUUGUUUGUUCUCAGAGAGCAAACUUCUGUAAUUCUGUAUGUAAACUGAGCCUUUUUUCCUAUCUUGAGUGGUAAACUUAAAUAUCUUAUUAAUAGAACUCUGGAAGUGGCUGCUGGAUCAGACCAUAAGGAUUCUGUUUUCACAGUGGCCAAGCAGAUGCCUAAAACAAGAGUACAAUGGUGCUUUCCCACCUCUGAUCUCCAGCAGCCACUAUUCAGAGGCACUAUCUAUUUAUAGAUAAUAGCAUUCCUAUUGGUUUCCUUCUUCUUAAUCUAAUAACAGGUUUCUCAAAGCAGCUAACAAAACCAGUUAAGCACUUCAAACAUUUUAAAUACAAAACUUUUUAAAAAAGCAUCUGAAAUAACAAAAAACCCUAAGUACAAUAGGCCUCUUAUUCUGCCCAAAAGGUGGUGGAUAGAACUGGCUAUGUACAUCUCCUUGAGCGGGGAGUUUGAGGUGCAGAUUUUUACUAAAAAAGAGGCCUAGGAUUUACUUAGCUGCAACCAUGACGCUUGAAAGGAGGGGAUGAUAAUCUGGGCCUCCUCUUGACGAUCUCAACACACACUUGAGAGUAUAUAGUACCCAAGCCUCAGAGCUUUAAAAGUUUAGCAUCAUCACUUUCAACUGAGCAUAGAAACAAUUCAGUCUGUAACACAACUACCCAAGAAUAAGUUCUUUGCAAGUCCUUUGGCUUGCCUGCUUCGAAAAUCUAUGCAGCCUCGCUCAGUUGGCAUUCCAAGUGUAGAAAGGGGAAAGAUGUUUCCUGGCCAGGAGGGCACUGUCUGAAAAAGAAAGUGUAGCAUUGGGUCCAGUUAGCACCUCUGAAUUGCAAACCUGUUCCUUUAAAAUGAGUGUAAAGUGGUACCUCUGGUUAUGUACUUAAUUCGUUCCGGAGGUCCGUUCUUAACCUGAAACUGUUCUUAACCUGAAGCACCACUGUAGCUAAUGGGGCCUACUGCCGCCGCAUAAUUUCCGUUCUCAUCCUGAAGCAAAAUUCUUAACCAGAGGUACUAUUUCUGGGUUAGCGGAGUCUGUAACCUGAAGCAUCUGUAACCUGAAGCGUAUGUAACCCGAGGUACCACUGUAUACCCAGUCCUUUGUCACCUGGCCUACUCCACAACUCUGUUAUCUCAGGGUUGAGUUUGUUUAUUAGUCCAGUCAUCACUUGUUCAGGGGUUCCACUGCUUCACUCUAGUUUGGGGAUAGUUAAGUACCGUAUUUUUCGUUCUAUAGGACGCACAUUUCCCCCUCCAAAAAUUAAGGGGAAAUGUGUGUGCGUCCUAUAGAGCGAAUGCAGGCUGCGCCGCUAAGCCCAAAGCCAGAACAGGAAGACGGAGCACUGCGGAGCGCUCCGUCUCACUGCUCUAGCUUGGGGACGGCUGUGCGCUCAGCCUCUCCAGGGCAGCCUCUUCACCCCGCUGUCCUGCAGAAGCUAGCAAGGCUGUUCCCAAGCCAGAACAGCGAGACGGAGGGCUCUGUUUCGCUGCUCUAGCUUGGGGACGGCUGCGCGCAAACCUGUGCAGGGCAGCGGGGCGCUGCGCUCCAAAGGCUUCAGGGAUCUGUGAGGCUGGCGGUGGGGGAAAGCAGCGCUUCCCCCCACCGCCAGCCCCACAAUCUCUGGUGAAUGUACCUUGAACGCACCUUGUUUUAGAGGGGGAGAACAAGAAAAAAAAAUUUUUCCCUGUUCUCCCCCUCCUAUGAUCCGGUGCGUCCUAUGGUCCGGUGCGUCCAAUGGAGCGAAAAAUACGGUAAGUAAGUAAAUUUUUAUUUAUACCCUGCCCUCCCCGGCCAAGACAGGGAGGCUCAGGGCGGCUAACAUCAAAUACAUUAAAACACAAUCAAACAAUUGAUUAAAAAACAGCUUAAAAAAUAGAAUCAGGAUAAAAUUAAAUGACUGCCCGUUAAUUACAACCAUAGGGGUCGGGAACCUCAAGUAUUCAUUAGGGCCAGCUAUCCAUGUUGGUCCCACAUGAGCUGAUAAAAGGGCCAAAGAGGUAACUUACAGGGUCCCAUGAGGGGGGGUCAAAACUGGGCCUGGACCGAAUGCCAGGCAGAACAGCUCUGUCUUACAGGCCCUGCGGAAGGAUGUCAAGUCCUGCAGGGCCCUGGUCUCCUGCGAUAGAGCGUACCACCAAGCUGGGGCCAAAGCCGAAAAGGCCUUGGCCCUGGUUGAGGCCAGUUUAACCUCCUUGAGGCCCGGGACCUCCAAGAUACUAUUAUUUGCGGACUGUAAGGUCCUCCGCAGGGCAUAUCAGGAGAGGCGGUCCUGUAAGUAGGAGGGUCCUAGGCCAUGUAGGACUUUACAGGUUAAAACCAGCACCUGGUCAUAGUUACUGGUUUGGGGAUAGUUAAAUGACAGAACCAGGCAGAGGGCCUUCUCGGUAGUGGCACCUACCCUAUGGAACACCCUCCCGACAGAUGUCAAGGCAAUAAGCAACUAUCUUACUUUUAAAAGACAUCUGAAGACAGCCCUGUUUAGGGAAGUUUUUUUAAUGUUUAAUGCUAUAUUGUGUUUUUAAUAUUUGAUUAGAAGCUGCCCAGAGUGGCUGGGGAAACCCAGCCAAAUGGGUGGGGUAUAAAUAAUAAAUUAUUAUUAUUAUUAUUAUUAUUAUUAUUAUUAUUAUUAUUCUACAGAGUGUUGUUGAUGAAAGUAGUUAAAAACGGGCUAAAUUUAACUUUUGAUUCCUCGGUAAUGGCCCAAGACUUUUUUUAGUAAAAUUUAUUCUAAAGGUUUUUUUAGGUUGUUCUUUAGUAAAGCUGUUGGGGUGUCAUAUUAAUAAAGUGGAAGAUAAAUCCAAAAUUUGAGCUGCAACAGCUAACUAAAGGGCUUAGAGCUAAGGAGACAUUGGCAGAGAUCUUAAGUGGUACUGCUUUGCCUCAUAUGAACAACAGGACAUGCCUUAUUUCAGGGAGAAAAAGGACAUGAAGUAUGCUUUGUGACAUGGCUAGAAGUCCUUUUAUCCUGUCCUGCUCUCUUCUUCUACUGUUCCACAGCACAAGGAACAGAUUUGUGUAAAGAGGAACCAUAAAGCAAUGAAGGUGGCAGUCCUAGAUUUCAAUUUGUUUGGGGUGAUUGUUGAAAUACUGUUACUUUUACAGCUGAUCCAAAUAGGCUCAGUGUAUGCCGAACCAGAGCUCAUAAUAGCAUUCUGCUUUCCAUAUAAUCAUGGAACGAAUUGGCUCUGCAGACUGUGCUAUUACCAGUGCGCUGGAAUUGGUGGUUUGGCACACCACUGCAGUGAAGUAAUGCCUUAUAUUCCAUUAUGUUAUUUAAAGAAACUGAAUUACUUGGUAUUUACUUAGUAUUAUAUGCCCUGAUGAAGGCAUUUUAGCCUUCACAGGUCAAUCUGAAUGUCACAUAUGUAGUGCGUGACAGUAAAAUAAACCAUUCCGCAUUUUCUGUAGAAUGAAUGUAAUGUAAAGAAUUUUGCCCAGGUACUCAGAAAUGAGUACGGACUUGUUCUCAUAACUCAGUGGUCCUAGUAACUUGCAGAAGAAUUUUAUUUUCUGUAGUUGCAGGACAGGGUUUAUAUAUAGCAGGAAAGAAUGUACUUGUUUUGCCAACGGUUUCAGAACAUCUGUUAAAAACUUCCAUAUGAAAAAACCAGAGAAAAGGGGUUGCAUUUUUGUGUGUGUAUGUGCUUUGCUACAGUGUGGAAUUUUUGCACUAUUCAGAAAAUCGGAGCAAUGGGGAAAAGAGGAUGCAGCUACAGAUAAAGUCAAGGUAGCAUUCAUAGUUACACAUACAAACAUAUGAAGUGGCCUUUUACAGUGCUGUUAACACAGACUCACAGCAGCUUCCAGGGUUUCAGACAAGGCUGUCUGCCAGCCCUACCUAGAGAUGCCUGUAGUUCGAUGUGAGGCCUUCUGCUUGCAAAUGCUCUGCCACUGAGCAGCCCUUAAACAAACCAUCCACUAGUCUUCAAAUGUUAUGAAGAAGUUAGGGGUCAUCUCCCUUGUCAUUAGUGGCAGGAUGAGAGGGGUUUUGGGGUUAAUGUACGGGGGGGGGAGUUUUAUACAACUUUCUGUCUGGGUGCAAUAGGCUUUGCAAUCUUCUCUUAAGAUAGUAGUGAGAUAACGGAAAGAUGGUUGGCUGAUGUGUUACAUUCUCUUGGAGGUGGCUGCAGCUGUAAAAGUUCACUAUGCCCAGAUUACUGUGGAAAUUCAGUGUGUGAAAUUUUGAAUUUCUUCCCUGCCUUCCUGUGAGCUCUGUAGUCAGUCUUGAAAGAUUUCCUUGCAUGGGUUGUUAGCACAGUGAUUUACACAUACUGCAGAUCCAAAGGAACUAUUCACAGAUGAUACCUUGUGCCUGCAAUCUGAACCUGUGAAUUAGGAGCUGUGAACUCUGCUUUCUGAAGAUGACUAAAGUUGAAUUGUCUCUUCUUAAGUGUAGAGUAGCUUGAUGAAAAAUGGUACAUGUCCCAGAUUUAAAGCCAUUGUUUUAUUCAGAGGAAUAGCGGUGUGGCCUUUACUUCAAUAAAACAACACUGGCCCCUAGAGGACAAUCAUGUUAAUUUGAUAUGGUUUUGCUGAUAUAGAUGUUCAGUAUGUGGUCCUCUAUAGAGAGUUUGCCCCUUGUUAAUUGGCAUAAUUCUGAAAUGUCAAAUUUAAAUCUUUUCUUCCCUACAUGAACAUUCUCUAUGUUUUCUGCACAUAUCCUGAAUCUCAAGGGGUUUUUGUUGUUGUUGUUGUUGUUGUCAUUUAUACUGGAACUGAUUAUAAUGAGCGCUGCAACCCCAGAGUUGUCCGCGACUGGACCUAAUGGUCAGGGGUACCUUUACCUUUUUACCUCAGCUUUCAGUAGUUGCCUUGUGUCUGCUCCAUAUGAGGGCUCAUUUUCUUCAGCUCUUUUUUUUAAUUCCCAGAGUGUACAUAUUUUGGCCUGUUGUUUUGAGGUGACUCACAUUUUUUGGUCUUGAUAGUCAAUUGCUGGUUUUUACUGAAAAGCUCUUGAAAGCAUGGGCAUAUUUAUUUUGGCUGUUGGAUGUUGCCAUGGGUACUGAAGUUGAAAUGUCAAAACACACAGGGCAGAGAUGCUUGGGAAAAAGUUAUAGUGGAGUCAGGACUCCUCUUUAAACAAUAUAUUUACUGAAAAACACAAACAGAAAUUCAUUACUUUGCCCCAUACAAAACUGUCAUAUUAUUAGAAGCAUCAUUCUUUUUCCAGACUUAUUUUUACCGCUCUUGCUAAGAUACGUGCAGGCAGGCACAUAGGCCCAGACCUAGCCAGUUGCCUUGCUGAAUGAACUGAGCUUGUGCAGGAGAAUCAGUAUUAUUGAUUUGGGCAUUGACAAUCACUUUUUCCUACUAGCAUGAAAAGCUGAUGAACUGUUAGAGCCCCUAGACCUUGACACUGCAGGCAGGACCACCAUAUACUGUAUUGUGUGCCCCCCCCCAUAGAAAAGCUUGCAGGCUGAUGGGACCAUCCCCCAGUUGAGCAGGUAAGCAUAAAAUAACAGCCCUGCUGGAUCAGGCCCAUGGCCCAUCUAGUCCAGCAUUCUGUUCUCACAAUGGCCACCCAGAUGCCUGUGGGAGGCCAGGAAACAGGAUUUGAACACAAGUGCACAUGGAAAAUCUUGCUCCAUCUGUGAGCAUCAAGCAUGUAGCAUGCAAGUACUGUAUUAAAAUUGUAUCUGACUGCUUUCCCAUAAUUAAUGCCAUGAUGUAUCCUUCCUAGAAUUAGUAAAAAUGUGAAAGUGAUCCUCAGGGCAAUUGGAGCUGUACAUUUCAGAUUGUCACAAUACAGUGGUACCUCUGUUUACGAACUUAAUUCUUUCCGGAGGUCCAUUCUUAACCCGACACUGUUCUUAACCUGAGGCACGCUUUUGCUAAGUGUGGUGUAGUGGUUAAGAGCAGUGGACUCAUAAUCUGGUGAACCGGGUUCGCGUCUCCGCUCCUCCACAUGCAGCUGCUGGGUGACCUUGGGCCAGUCACACUUCUCUGAAGUCUCUCAGCCCCACUCACCUCACAGAGUGUUUGUUGUGGGGGAGGAAGGGAAAGGAGAUUGUUAGCCGCUUUGAGACUCCUUAGGGUAAUGAUAAAGCGGGAUAUCAAAUCCAGACUCUUCUAAUGGAGUCUCCCGCUGCCGCUGCGCCAACGGCACAUGACUUCCACUCGCACCCCGGGGCAAAGUUCGCUACCUGGAACACCUACUUACAGGUUAGCGGAGCUUGUUACCCAAAGCAUUCAUAAGGAGGGACAGUACGAAACCCAAAGUUUCACUGUAGUACAAAAUAGGCAUGGAUCAGAAACAUUUUCAGCUCUGUACAACCAUAUAAACUAUCACCACAGCUCUGUGGUAUUUCCCACUGACAUUGCAUUUAGCAAUCCCAUCUUUAAGUUAUUUUUAAGUUUCAGUAGCAUAAUCGAGAAGCCUAUAAAGGCCCUCUUAAAGUAAUUUUAAUUUUGUCAUGGUAUAUGCAUUCUGCUGGCCCCAUGUAAAAAAUCCAGUCCACUGUGAAAUUGAAUAAUAAUGGUAUAGCAGUAUUUUUAAAUAAGCCAUGAAUAGUAGGCCUGGUUGGUUGGAGGACGCUAGAGACAAUAACACAGAGAGCUAAGCCUUCAACUGAGCUUUAAGAAGACUUAAUAGUGUAGUGAUCACCAUGGGAGGCAGAGAAUGCCAGUCCCACCGCAAGUGGGAAUAUUAUCUUACAGAAUAUAUCAUAUUAAAAGAAGUUUGGUGAGUUGGAUCCCUUCCAAUCAAUAAACAAAGGGCCCUGCCCCAAAGAGCUUGGCUGCCAGAGACAAUAAUUCCAUCCUCUCCAUCUUAGUGUCUAAUUCUGUCCGUUAAUUAUCAUCAUGGGUAUACUGCAUUCAGAGAGUCAAGUUCUGUAGCUCAUUAGCCUGCCAAGAACCACCAGCUUCUGCAAAACCACAUUGCUUUCGUCUGCUUUCAGCAUAGCUGACAAAGCAGAAUGUAUUUGCUGGAACCAACCAAGUUUAUCCACAUAAUUGUAAGAAGCCGAGCUGGUGUUAAAAGGCCCACCUCAUUUGUUCAAACUUUCCAAGAAAGUAGAUCAUUAUGGAAAAUAAGAAAAGCCAAAUCAUCUCGGAUCUUUGUCAGUAUUUUAAGUCUCCUGAAAUUUUAUAAUCCUUCUAGCUAAUGCUUAAAAAAACCCAGCCCCCAAAGAAGCAGCUUACAUUUAGCUAAAACCAACUAGUUGAGUAUAACUUUCUGGUUCAGAACAUAUUUUUGAAUAAGAGUACUAAAAAUAAUCCAUUGUAAACUGCAACCACUUGAGAGGGCUCAUUUAUCCUUACAGCACAGAAUAAAAAAGUGGGGCAUUAACAGCCAUGGACUUCUUAGCCUGUAAAUAUGAUGAAAUGCUAAAAGCAACCAAUUAUUUUCUAACCACCAUGUAUAUUCUUAGUUGUGAGCAACACGCAUUGUAAUGCUAAUGAAAACCUUUUUUCUUUAACUAAAGUACUUGGAGGAUAUCCUGCCUCUGUUGCAUUAUUAAUACUGCCAAACCACUGGAAAACUAAGUGCAAAUGCCAAUCCACUUAGUGCUAUCAUUCGGCUCAACAAAACUUUCCAUUUUAAACUGUAUAGCAUGUGUAGAAAAGCAAAAGCAGGAUGAAAUAUACAUGUACUUUUUCAGUAGCUAGUUGUCCGUCUUGGAGGAAAAGAGUACAGUCAACAUGCUCACAUUUAACAAUGUUUCAUCUUAUAUUUUUUUAAAAUAAGACAAUACUGGCAAAAAUAGCCUUUUUAAAAAAAUGAUAGCAGUUUCUAUUAAAAAUUCUACCGGUUUUACACAUGAUUUUCAACACAAACAAAUCAUAAUCCCUCUAAUACCAAAUUUAGGUAAUCUGAUACCACUCACUUUAAAAAUAAGAUAGUGAUGUUUGCAUAUUUAAGAGAUUUCAAGUUGAACAAAAGUAUAUUUGUUUGUUUUCAUUUUGUUUCGUUCUACAAACAAAAAUAGCUAUACAGUGACUUACACUUGCUUCCCAGGACAUUGGGGAUUUUCUACCAUGAAAUAUUAAGGGUGUCAGUUUUGGGAGGGGGAAUUGAGAGAAGAUGGAAUUGACCUAUUUGAGUCACUCACAGCUUAUUGGUAGGGGUCUGGGUGUGUGCCAUGACGUUAAAAACAAAACAAAACCCUCCUCUCCCUGCAUUAUGCAGGGAUGUUUCUGGAGGAAGAAAGGGACUUCUCUUCCCCAGUCUUUAUAGAACUAAAAUGCUCAGGAUCUGUGCCUGUAAGCAACUACAGGCUUGAUUCAUUUCCUGUUGGGGUCUUAGGGGCACCAUGGUGUCCGACAAGGUACCUUGCCCUUCCCAAUUUUUAAUUAUGAAGGGUUGGUUGUGCUUUCUUUGUUUAGUCAGGGUGCUUUGUCAGACUGGGGUCUGACCAUUCAUUAUCAGUCCCCCCUGAAUUUGGGGUUUUGUGGUGCCCAGAACAGUUUCUUACAUUUUCAUAAAGCAUGAGAGUCUUGUAGCAUCACUCACUGGAAAAAAUUACACAAAACGCGUAAGACUUAGCUGUUUGUGCAUUGAUGUCCUUCGCAGCUCCUUGAUGGCAGGGACAUUGUGUAACUGUUUCUGUAACAAUGAAAUGUACCUUUCUAUUUACUCCUUUAAGUGUGUUGCUUAGGAAAAGUAUAUCAAAACAGGAGAAGGCAGAAGAAGAAUUGCAUCUCGCCUAUUAAAUGGAAACUUGCUGUUAUAUACGAUCAUCUUCAGUUUCACUGCUUGAGCUCAGUAAGAGUUCCAGGAACUAAUUAUUCAGCAAUGGCUGGUGACAUGGAAAUAUAUUAAAUAUACAUAGAUGGUUACCCAUGAAUACUUUAUUUAUACUAAAGUGGCAUCAUAGUUUAUUUUUUGAGCACUGUACAGGGUUUAUACUGGAAAAAUAAUACACAAAAGGGAAUUGCAAAGCCGUCCAAUAUUUUUACAUGAUUCAAAGCAACCAGUAUGUCCAAAUAUGAGGCUUAGGAUACUUUACUUUUGCUUUAUACAUUAUUUUUCAGACUUGGUUUUUGUUAUAUAAUGCAUAUGUAUUAAGGUAAGACACAAGUGAAUUGUAAUUUGCUUAGAUCCAAAUUCAGCCUGCAUAGUGGGUUUCAGGGCAGAAGGAGUAAUUGGUAAAAGGUGUCUCCCUGUCCCCUUCCAGGAUCUCAACUAGAUCAGCCCUUUGUAAUCUGAUUUUUAGAAGACAUCUGAAGGCAGCCCUAUUUAGGCAAGUUUUUAAUUUUGAUGUUUUAUUGUGUUUUUAAUAUUCUGUUGAAAGCCGUCCAUUGUGCUGGAGCUGAGCAUGUCUAAAUCUGGUCAGUGCCAGAAUGGGAGACCACCUUUGUAUGCCAUCAUGAGCUCUGGGAUGUAAUAAGGUGGGAUAUAAAUGUACUAAAUAUAUUUUAAACAUAAAUUUUGAUUACAGACAGGGUCAGGGAGCUAGUGCAUUCAAAUGAAUUCAGUGUGUCCCCUUUUGGAGCUGUCUUCUGCAUUCUGAGCACGAGAAGUAUAUGGCCCUGAGACCUGUUCCUAAUCUCACAAUACUUAAAGAUUAUAGGUGUGAUGUUUGGCUGUAUGGGCCUUGGGGGAAACCCCUGACUGGGGAAAAAACUGGAGAGCUUUGUUGCAGGAACCAAAUUUCUCUCUGAAGCUCCUUUUAGCUGGUUUUAACUGCAGCUACCCACAUUGUUGGCAUUCAGCAACUGCUCUGGCAUGCCGAGCGAGCUUGCCAGGAAUCCAAACAUUUAUAGUGUGGUAGGAGAAAAUAAUACUUUUUUUACACUGGAAUUAAAUAAUAGGCUUCAAACUUUGCUAUUUCUAAAUUGCUAGUACCAUGUCAGUAUAAUUUAUUAUAAAUAUACAACAUCAGGCUGUUGAAUAUAGCUUUCUUUCCUUUCCUUUAUCAAAUCAGCUUCUUUUAUAGCCUCCCACUUAAGAAAAACAUUGCGCUGACCUUAGCCUUACUGUGAUGUAAAUGUUAUGAUUCUUAAAAUUCUUUAGGUUCAGACUGUUCAGGCUUAUUCCUUAAUCUCUGCUUGAGGUUGCUCUCAGGACUAGCAUAUGUUGUGUAAGCUACUUUUUCUGCAUUUGUUCAAUUAAUACCUAUGGCCUUUAGGUCACCUAUGUUUUUCAUUCAUGGUGUGUUAUAUCAUAUAGUAAUGUUAAGUGUGCCCUAAGAAAUAUGUGCUAUGGAAGUGAGAAAAUAGCAGCUACCAGUAAUGUGUGGGGAGCAGGGUGCUACUGAGAAUGAAGGCAGCAUGUGCUGCCAUUGGGCAGGACGAGAAAAGAGCCAAUCAAAGGAGCUGUUGGUAGAACUGAAGGUAAGUUGAUGUUACGGAUAUAACCUUCAGCUACGUGGCAGAUUUUCAGUCUCAAUAAAUGUUCAGCUGUUUAUUUAGGAAGCAGUGUUGUAGCCACUCAUGCUCUUAAGAACCAUUAAAAUGUCUUGAAGUAAUUGCCGUAGCUCUUAGGAGAAUUACAUCCCCCGUUGGCAGUACAGAUGUGGGAGAAAACUUCUAGCCCAGAAGUUAUGGAGCCAGAAGGGGCCUCCAAAGCCCCACCCCACCAAGAGGCCCUUGUUUCACUUCUCAUCAGUUUCCUACCAAUCAGCUGUGUUUCGCCACAAACUCACCCUCAGCUGAUCAGAGAAAAACAGUAGAGGCAAGGCAGGUACAGGUGCAGAGUCCCAUUGGACAGCUGUCUCUGUCUUCUUCAGCUGCUGCAGCAGCUCUACCCACCUCCACCACACAUCCUUUAUGAACAGUUAGGAAGAGGAGACUCCAACAAGCUGGCAUCUCGGGAUGAGAGACCAAAAGCUUUGGGAGUGGGAGGGUUGUAAACGUCACAGCACCUGCAAGUCCUGGAAAUGCAGGGAGGGUAGAUUCGUAGAGGCUGAAGUGAGAGAGACUAAAGCUUUUAAACAAUAGCAUGAUUUAAGGAACCUUUAAAAUGCAGAUUACCACCCCAGUUAGCAUGUGGAUGUGCUGCACGCUUCUGUGGAUGUUGGUUUUUAAACCAUUUUCAACUUUCCUGCUACUUCGCCUUUGUUCAGAAUUAAUUCUGGCCUUAUGGAAUGUCUUUUCCUCUCUUUCUGUGUGGCUGAGAACAGCUGAAAGGAGCAGUAUUUUUCAUUCAUAGUGUGCAAUAUCAUGUAGCAUUGUUAAGCAGAGAUCUCAGGUGUGACCCUUUCUCCCUGCCACCUGUUCCCUUUGAAUGCCUACAAAGCUUCCUUAUAGCUUGGUAUAAUGGACUUGUGCAUGAGAUGGACACCAGCACUGGAGACAGAAUGAGCUAUUAACCAAGAUUGCCUAUCAAAGAGAUAUUUCCACAAGGGAAUACUGAUAGGCUAGGAUCUGGACCAAUGGAUUCAAGAAAGGAGAUUCUGAUGAAACAUCAGGAAGAAUAGCAUGAGCUGUUUGACAGUGGAACACACUCCCUCAGGAGUGGUAGACUCUCCUUCCUUGGAGGUUUUUAAGCAGAGGUUGGAUAGUCAUCUGUCACGGAUGCUUUAGCUGAGAUUCCUGCAUUGAAGGGGUCAGACUAGAUGACCCUCUGGGUCCCUUCCAACUCUACAGAUCUAUGAUUCUCUCCCUCUCCCCUUUCAGAACCUUUCUUGAAGCAGCUACCACUACAUAGGCCUACCACAUAAUAACAGUACAAGGUCUCCAACAGUUAAGGUCUUUGACAGUUAAUGUUCUGGCAUCAACAGAGAUCACAGAAAUGUUUGGCAAAGCACAAAAGAUAAACAGGAAGACACAGACAGACAGACAGACAGACAGACAGAGCUUUUCUCCACAGGUUGUUUUGGCAAAAAUUGAAGCAGGGUAGUUUUUAUUCUGAAUCAUUUAACCCAGAACAUUUUUGGCUCUGGCCCCUUUUGGUUCCAGUGCUACCUACCACUGGCAUGCAGGCUCAGAAAGGUUACUCUCAGAGGUAAUGCUAAAGCUAUGGAAACGGCACCCUGUCCCUGCUGCACAGUUUUGGAGCCCCAGUGAACUGCUAAUCAGCACAUCAGAAAAGGGAGGAAGGAACAGAGAAUCUUCUAUUCACACCACUUCUUACCAGAGAUUAAAAAUUUUUGGAGAGCUGCAGAGACAGGGGGAGGGAAACAAUGAAUUAUUCUCCAGCUUGGUUUUUGAUCCAAACCACAAAAUAAUUCAGGGUUUCUAAAAGCUCACUUUUCAUUAAGUCCAAAGUUUGUCUGAGCCAGGUUUGGAAGAACUUUCCUUCUAAUACUACUAUACUUUUCAUAGUGAGCUUCAUGCAGCCCCAAACAGACUGAUUACUUAUUUAAACUAGUGUACACAUCUAAACUAGGGACGCAGGUGGCACUGUGGUCUAAACCACAGAGCCUAGGGCUUGCCGAUCAGAAGGUCGGUGGUUCAGAUCCCCGCGACGGUGUGAGCUCCUGUUGUUCGAUCCCAGCCCCUGCCCACCUAGCAGUUCGAAAGCACGUCAAAGUGCAAGUAGAUAAAUAGGUACCGCUCCGGCGGGAAAGUAAACUGCGUUUCCGUGCGCUGCUCUGGUUUGCCAGAAGUGGCUUAGUCAUGCUGGCCGCAUGAGCCAGAAGCUGUCUGCGGACAAACGCUGGCUCACUCGGCCUAGAGAGCGAGAUGGACACGCAACCCCAGAGUCGUCUGUGACUGGACCUAACAGUCAGGGGUACCUUUACCUUUACACAUGUAACAAACUCACCAGUGAAACAUUGCCAGGAGUGAAUAACCUUGGAGCGGAAUAGGAAGCAAGAUUGAAAGUUCAAGAAAUGUUAGUUCUUGUAGUUGAGGAAGUACUCUCAGGGUUGAGCCCCUACAGGGAAAGACUGCAGGUGUAUAUUACCUUUUCAUGUCAAAUAUAGAAAGCUGAGGGCAGUGAUCAAACUUACCGUAUUUUUCGCUCUAUAAGACGCACCAGACCACAAGACGCACCUAGUUUUGGGAGGAGGAAAACAAGAAAAAAAAUAUUCUGAAUCUCAGAAGCCAGAACAGCAAGAGGGAUUGCUGCGCAGUGAAAGCAGCAAUCCCUCUUGCUGUUCUGGCUUCUGGGAUAGCUGCGCAGCCUGCAUUCGCUCCAUAAGGCGCACACACAUUUCCCCUUACUUUUUAGGAGGGAAAAAGUGAGUCUUAUAGAGCAAAAAAUACGGUAAAACAUUUAAAGUUUUAAUGAACGAUUUCAAAAUAAAGAGUAACGAAUUUAUGGGCAGGAAAGAAUUUUUGAAUAUAACAAUGCUUAUGUAUUGUGGUAAGUAUUGUAUAAUGAAAGACAUGAACUAUGGAAGUUGGAAUUCCUGGUUAAUGAAGCCUUUAGAAAUAGUGUCACUAAAUACUUCUCAGGAAUAGUUGUUUUAGUAACACUGCCCCGUAUGGUUGGCAAGGGGUAAUGAUCUCUAAAGUGCUCUCCUACUGAUUCAUUUGUGUGCCAGCACAAAAGAGUAAAAUAAAUCAAAUGUUCUGUUCUCUGCGACUAUUACCCAGCCAUUUAAAAACAUUUAGACCAGAAGUAAUAAGCAAACAACACAUUUCAAAGGAUACUUGUUAAUUAAGUGCUGUGUGCCGGGUGUGAACAUGAACACAGAGGCACUUCUGAUAAUAUAUUGAUUUGUACUGCAAGGUACUUCACAAACACCACACAAUCUUUUUCAAGAAAAAGGGAGAUGUUUGAUCUUCAUGUUCUGUCUGAACUGAGUUUUUCGUAUCUAUGAAGAUGUAUGAAUACUGAAUACAUACUUAGUUUUCAGUAUGUAUUAAUUUAUCACUUUUCAUACACAGAAGAGUGCUUCAAAGCAACAUAAAGUAUGAAAUACAUCAAAACUCAAUAUAAAGGAAUAAAAUACAAUGCAUAAAUGUGCCUCCACCAGAAUAUUUAUAAAAGGACAAAUUUUACCCAUCCAACUAAAAGUCAAGUAGUAUAAAGACCACAAAACCCCUACUACCCUUCCAGUUAAUAGUCAAGGGUAUUUUUUAACCUGGUACCUAGAUGCACAAUCAUGAUAAUAAUUACUGGAAACUGUUUAAACUGAAGGAUCAGACUGAUUUUAAAAAUGGCUUGGAACCAAGUGGCAGAACUGUGGCCUGACCAGUCAGCCAUUUGUACUGAAAGAAAUAAAGGAUAAUGGAGAGAAAUAAGGGAUCAUGGGUUAAAAGCGAUAGUAGGACAAAAGUAUUGUGCCUCUCACAAAUAUGAAAGCCUGCGGGGAAGAGAUGAAAUUUAAGCUAUUUUGUUUUCUCCACCUUGCUUUGCUUAGUUCUUAUUUACAUCCUUCUAAGAAAACUACAGAGCUUGUACAUUAUGUAUGUCUUCUCUGAUUUUUUUAUACCCUAAAAGGCUUUUUUUUUUUACUGUUCAACCAUUGCUUGCUUCAUUUGGACUGAUUCCUACAGGAUUACACUUUGAGCCUUCUCACUGCAUUGACAAAUUGGAAAAUACUGCCCUAGAACAUAGGUUACCAAAUAAGGGUUUUGUUGACAGAGCCAAGGGGGUAAAAUUAGCACAUGUUCAUUUUAUUAAAUUUAUGGCUUCAAAAUAUUCAACUUAGUAUUUUGCAGGAAAGCCAACUGACCCCCAUCUUGCUUGGGCUGAUGGGUUUUAGAAUGCAUGCCAAAUACUUUCAGAAUUACAUAUUUCAGGAACUGUUUUUGCCUCAGAAACUUGAAAACGGCUUUCUCAUUUUCUACUUUUUCUCCAGCAUCUUGGUCUGUGAUUCACUAAAAAAGUUUCCUUUAUUCACUUCAGUCACUUUGAAAGUGGCAUUUCUUAUACAUAUGAUUUAAUUUCUUCAGUGUGGCCUUACAUUCUUUAUUAGUAAAAUACCUGGUUUUAUUUUUAAACUGACCUUUAGUUAAUAAAACUGGAUGGUCUUAGGACCAUAGAAAAUAUUGAUAGUAUUCCUUUUAUAAUGGCAGAAAUAUCUUUAGGGGUGAAAGAAUGUAAAGUGUUUGUUUUCAGAAUACAAUCCUCCUGAUUUAGUAACAGUUUUUGUUCUUUAAAGGGUGGGAAAAAUAGCUUCCAAGAGAGAGAUGAUGUCAUUCUUCUCUGUAGGAAUUUUAACCAUAUUAAAUAUUAAACUUAGCUUCAGUAUUUCAUCCUCUGAAUAUCAACAGCGUUUGUAAUUUUGGUGAAUCAUUCUUAACACUGACAUUCUGCAGGGUGAUGUUAUCAUCCAAAUUUGUUUACAAAGUCUAAAUUUAUGAUCCAGAGAGGUUUACUUUCUGUAUUCUAAUUUAUGGGUUUAAAUUGCUUUGUAGUUUAAAAAUGCUGUGAUUAAAUAAAGCUGCCGUUUUCAGAUGGGCUAACAGUAUUUUCCCACAGCUUAUACUAGUGUUGCUGAAAACUCGUGCCUUAUAUACUGUUAAGUGGAUCUAGUCCAAUGCUGUCUGCCUUUGGGUGGCAGAGGAUUCUUACAGAGGUCUGUUUGUAUUUGCUGUUUGAGAUCCUUUUAAAGUGGAGGUGCAGGGAAUUGGAGUCACACAAAAAAGGAUAUGACUCCAACUUCUGAAGAUGAACUGAAAUACUGAGUUGGGUGAGAACCAAAAAAAAUAGUAAGUACUCCCAAAUAGCAUGAGAAAAUAAAAUACAACUUUAAUCCCACAAAAGCAUGUUAAAAUGCAAGAAGGAUAUAAAUAAAAAUGCUAUCCAGGUCAAGGCCUGAUCAAUGUGACAAACAAUAAAUAAAUAAAACCUAUGUCUGAGGUCUCCCUCAGUGAUCAAAAGAUUUUUAACAAUGCAUUUCCUUCCAUCAGAGAACCCCUUCUCAGUGAUUUCCCAGCCCCGUUGCCUUAAAAGCACAAACUUUUCAGCUGAUGAAAAACAUUUGGGAAAAGCCGCCUUGUCCCUACUGGCUCAGCCAUAGACCAACACUCACCUUAAAUUGUUGUUGUUUGUUCGCUAACAGCUUCUUUAAUAACCAGUACGGUGUAGUGGUAUCAAUCCCACAUGAUCUUAAUUUUGGUCUAAGGUAGCCUUUGACAACUUGUAGCUCCAAACAUCUGGAGGGCACCAACACCCAGCUUUUCUGACCACUGGCCCUGCUGGAUGGGUCUGAUUGGAACUGUAGUUCAAAAUGUCUAAUUUGCUAGGGCACCAAGUUGGCAAAAGCUCAUAUAACAUGAUAACCACUUUCCAGGCGGCUGCCGCCCUUGAGUUCAUCAAAUGUGUGAGUAAGAAUGCAAAGACUUCUGGUAUUUCACAUUGCAUACAAUUCUUAACCUGGGUCUACUGCUUCAUAUGAAUGUAUGAAGUUAUCUCGAAUACUACCAGGCCAUCAGGCCAUCUAGCCCAGCCUUCCCUAACUUUGUGACCCAAUAUGCUACUAGAUUACAACCUCAUCACUCCAGCCAGCGUGGCCAGUCAUUGGGGUGGUUCACAAAAUAAUAAUAAUAAUAAUAAUAAUAAUAAUAAUAAUAAUAACAACAAUUUAUUUAUAUCCCGCCCUCCCCAGCCGAAGCCGGGCUCAGGGCGGCUAACAACAAUAAUACAAAACAACAAAAAUACAAGAUAAACAGCACAAAAUGCAUAAUAACAAACAAACCAACAAACCAGUAUCCCUCCCUCUUCCCACCCAACCCCCCUCAAACACAUUAAAAACACAUAAUCUGAGAGGGCCAAGGUUGGGUAAUGAUAAUCUAGCCUAUCAGAGUCUACUUGAGCAGUACUUCUCAAAAAUCUUAGGAAGAGGUCUCUCUCAGCCUUGUUGACAUCUUUUAGCCAGAGAUCCUGGAGACUGAAACAACAGGGAGUAGUCACUGAGUUAUACAUGCUGACCAAAAGGUAUUCUUUCCUUUAUAGGUAAGUAAGAAGUUGGCCACUAUAUAUAAGAACAAAUAGAUUGAGAUGAAUUUGUGCUUAGAGAUGCUGAGAUGGUCUGGUACACAUACUGCUGUAUAACAUUUCUGUGUAUUUUUUAAAGUAUAAAAAUGUGGGGCUGGCGUGAGGGGAAGAAAGCCCCAUUGUUUCAUUGUUGCUUUCUGUGCACUGAAGUAUUUUAAAUCAAGCUUUUUAUUGUGCUUGCGUUUGAACAGGCUACUAACCAGCCUAGGCAUGUUUGCACACAGCAGUGUCUUCUCAUUUAAAUUCAAUCACAGUCACAAAACAAGCCUGGCUUAGACUAGCUGAGGAUAUAAACUUCAUUUUCAUCUCAUUAGGCCACCUGGAAGCAGCAAUCAGUGAGUAGUCCUGACGUCAAUGGUCUCUCUGCUUCAUUAAAAUGUUAAUUUCAUGGCUUUAAUUCCUUUUGUAAAACGUGCUGCUGUGGGACACUGAUGAUUCUCCCCUCAGCCCCCAACUAGACUGAUCUCCAUGCCAUAUUUCUUUUUAUUGCCGAAGGGAUUUUUCCUCCUGUUUUAUUUUUUUUAGUUCUCUAAGAGGACACUGAGGACAUUGGGCACAUGUAAAUAUUUCUUGAAACAAGGAGUCCGUUUAAAAGCUUAAGAAGCUCAUGAAUUAAUCAUGACAAAGCUAUCUAGGUUAUAUUGUUCUUUCACUAUUUUGAAAUGAUCACAGCUUUGAUAAGCAUUUUACCCAACAUUGGAUCACUGAAAUAAAUUUACUAUAAAAAAGAUCCUAUGUGAACCUAUUUCUAUACCAAGAAUAUUAUUGGAAACCUUCUCUAUGUGUGCAUUGUUUGUUACUACCUCUAAAAGGUAAAGGUCCAGUCCCAGACGACUCUGGGGUUGCGGCACUCAUCUCGCUUUACUGGCCAAGGGAGCUGGUGUACAGCUUCUGGGUCAUGUGACCAGCAUAACUAAGCCACUUCUGGCGAACCAGAGCAGCGCACGGAAACGCCGUUUACCUUCCCACCGGAGUGGUACUUAUUUAUCUACUAGCACUGCUUGCUUUCGAACUGCUAGGUUGGCAGGAACAGGGACCGAGCAACGGGAGCUCACCCCAUCGCGGGGAUUCGAACUGCUGACCUCCUGAUCGGCAAGCCCUAGGCUCUGUGGUUUAACCCACAGACCACUAAACUCAAAUAUUAUCAAAAUUCUGUUUUAAUGUCAUCAGGUGGAAGUGUAAAGCAGCCACGAGUGCUUCAUGGUUCAGGAGCAUUUGCCAAACACUCCUUAAAAUGUAUAACCACCUAGUGGUGAUAGAAAGGUAUAUUAUUAAGAAAGGUUAAAAUACAGAAACAUAGAAUCUUAGAGUUAGAAGAGACCCCAGGGGUCAUCUAGUCUAACUCCCUGCAAUGUAGGGAUCUCAGCUAAAGCAUUCAUGACAGACAGCCAUCCAACCCCUGUUUAAAAACCUCCAAGGACUCUACCACCUCUCACCGGAGUCUGUUCCACUGCUGAACAGCUCAUACUGUCAGAAAGUUUUUCUGAAUGUAAGACAUUGUUGGUGAACCUGCCGACACUUCUCACAACUUAAUGCAGAAAGUAUUUUUUAUUUCAUAAGUAUAAAUUGUCAGCACAAAAAAAGAGUUGUAAUUGUGGGGGCUUCAUGGAGAUUUUAUAAAAGUAUUUCAAAUUUUACCUUUCUGUCUGGAGUGAAUAUUCAUCUUUUCAUUUAAGGCUUCAUUUGCUUCUGUAGUAGUUUCUUCAGAAAAUAAACCUUUUCCCAGUUCUUGGUCAAACCAACCAUGGAAAAAAAUAGCUGGAAAAUUAUGUGAAGGCACCUUAGAACCUACUCUAAAGGAAACCACCGAAAUAUCAUGAGGAAAGCCAUAUGAAUAAAAGUGGGUCUCUUUAGUGAAACUGACUUCCUGUAUAAAAGAAGGGGUUUUUUUAAACCCAGGAUUUGUGUUUGUGUGUGUGUUUUGUUUUAAGAUUGGACUGGAAUCUGACCAACUUUAUUUCACCUUGGGAGGUUGUUGUUGAUGAUGAUGAGAAUCAUCAUCAUCAUCACAUCCAUUAUGCUAAUAUGCACAAGUGUGUAAUUUUUUUCAUAUUCCCUCCUAUACAUUGUAAUAAUUCUACACAUUCUAAUAAUUCUAUUCUACACAUUCUACACAUUCUAACAAUACAUUAAUUGAAUGAAUGUGCAUUCAUGAUAAAGAGCAAAAACAACUACCAUGGGAUAAACUUUGGAGGCAAAUUAACUGAAAAUGGCAGCUAAAACAAUACAGCUUUCAGUGCCUGCUUAAAAGUUGACAAGGAGGUGGUCUGUUGAACUUCUCUGGAAAGAGUCUGGGUUCCAUGAUGAAAAAGGCCCCACCUAAUCUCUGCCAUCUGAAACUCUGUCAGAGGAGGGUUAACAAGAAGUGCCUCAGAAAAAGUUAUUGAGCAAGUUCACAUAUGAGGCAGCAGUUUCUGAAGUACCAAACUGUUCCCAUCUUGUUAUAAAUAAAUUUAGUUUAAAAUGGGAAAAUAUGCUAGAAAAUAUAUCCCUUUAUCCAACUGAGGGGUGGUGGUGGAAAUCAAGGCUUAACAAAAAAUGCUGGCUUGGAUCCUAAUAUAAAUGAACAAGGAAUUCUAGGCAAGGAGAAUUCCCUUCCUCUUCUCAGCAUCCCCCACUCCUGAUCCCACAGUCUUCAAAAACCAGGGGCCGACCUUUCAGAGAGGUUGUUCUGAUGCCUACCUCGAGUGAUAUCCAAUUGUGGCAUCCCUUCUGUGCAACAGACUUCUGCUUUUGUAAGCGAGACUUCCCAUUCCUCCUCUUCCCACCUGCGGCUCCCAACACAUCCUCAAAUCUGCUCUAGUGGGUUGGGGAACCUGCAGAGCAGAUUGGAGCGGGGAGAGGAAGUCCCACUGUGCCCACUGACUAUCUCAGAUUUGGGACAGGGUGAUGGAAUUAGAGUCGUUCCCCUUAAUAAAUAUUGAAAUGUGUAUUGGGAGGCAGCAACACCCUCUUUAGUAAAAAUACAACUGGACUCGCUUUCAGUGCAUCCUAAUUCUGUCUGUCUCUUUCCUUUAUAUGAUUGCAUUUUUAAAUGGCCUAGCACAGCCAAUGAAAAACAAUUGUACUAAAUAAAUCAUAUGUGCUACAAAGCAAUAUAUCACAAUUAGAAAUCCAUUAUAGUUUAAUUAGGCAUUCCAUUAUUAAGUUGAUGUAUUUGGCUUCCUCCAGGUCUCUGGCUAAUCCUGAAACAAAUUCUUCUUUGUGGAUAAAUAUUAGUCAGUCAUAAUUAAAGAGUGUUUAUUGCAGCCGAGACUUUUAAUUAAAUCCCUUUCUGAUUAAGAUGGCUCCCUGAGUACUGGGUUUAUUGAACUUAAUAAGAUUUGUCCACUUGUGUAUUGUGGCAUGGCAGAAACUGUUUCAGUGCCAGCAGAUUAGCAGCUAUAAGAUCGUUUCUCCUCCUGUCCACUCAUGGAUUUAAACACCUGUCAUUUUGAAAACUAUAUAUAAGCUGCAGUCUGAUCUACCACUUUAUAUUAUUAGGCUAGCAGGCUGUUCACACAGUGAUAUAUAUAAACUAUAAUGACUGCAUAGGAAACUUAAUGUUGCCACAUCUUUAAUGCUAAGUGGUUUUAAAAAGAGCCCCUCUUCUGCCGAUCAGGGAACUGGAUGCACGUUGAAACACAAAUAGUUUAUCCUUCUGAAACUGGUUUCCUUCAGAAGCACAUAGAUGAGCUUGUUUGUGUAUGAUGCUCACCAAGCUCUGCUGGGAAUGUUCACUUACUAACACAACUUAUUUGAAUAGUUUUAAUGAAACAGCAAGAAAUUUAGGCAGAGCAUUAACUGCUUGAAGGAGCAUGGGCCAGAUUCCGUCUGAUUUGAUUUAAAUAACUAAGGAAAGAGCUUAAGAGAUUGAUUAAACUCCAAAAUUAGUCAUCUUAGAUUGGAUGACAAGUUAAUGCCUUACUAUUAGUUGUAUUUUCAAAUGGUUUUGACAGAAAACGUGUAAGAGGUAAGCAUUAUGAAGCAGAGGAGAACAAUCAGUUACACCACAGUUUACAUGCUAGGUGAAAAAAGAAAAGUUUUAAAAUCUGCUCAUGGCUUCUUUCCAAUAAUUGCUCAUUAAGCAGUUUGGCAGUUUGUAUCAUUCCAGUAAAUCCAGUAUAUGUUAUGUCUUGGGAGGGAUAAGAUUCACAAAAUAAAAACAAAAACACCCAUAAGAAGCCAUUUCAUGAGUUAUGCAGUCAUUUUCAGAGCUUACUUGAACCCGAAUCCCCCAAAUGACGACUAUGUGCUUGAAGGUCAUUAGAAAAAUUCCAGUGUUCCUAGUUUAAACUUAUUGUUAAACUUACCCUUUUUUAUCUCCACUGGGACAGCACUAUUCUAAAGACCCACUGAUCUAAUGGAGCUAGUUGCAUGGUUCUUUGGAUCCUAGCUAAUGUUAAUAGCCUUGGUGUUCACAGUAAAGCUCUCUGAAUUAAAAACUGUUUUGUUAUUUUGUUUGCUGCAGCUAAUCUGUCAUAUUAGUGAAUAUUGUAAAUGAAUCGGUUCUUAACUUUAUAGCUGUUUUCCUAAGCUACCAAGGGCCAGAAGGGUCCUUAAUGAUGUCUGCGAUACAGUUGUGAAGAUCCCUGAGCAGCUAAAGAGAACUCUCUAGUGGUUGAGUUGGAGCACUGAUGAAAAGUGCAGAAAUGAAUUUUUGCAUGGAGUAUCUGGCAGCAACAAAAUCUUGCCUGCAUAUCUGGUUGGGGGGUGGUAUCUCCCAUUUUACAAUGAGACUUCCAAGUGUGAGUUCUCUUUGAAUAAGAUUUUGAGACGGCCUCUAAUUACAAAUAGCAGAUACUUAAGCCUUCUUAAGAGUAGCAAAGGCCACUGGUUUGUCAGGCAAUGUUAACUCUUGCUAUUACCUACACAUUAUCUCACUUAAACAAAAAACAAAAACACUUGAACUGUCCAUAAUUCAGGACAUGUUAAAUGAGAUAAUCCACUUUAUUGUAAAAAACUAGGAGUAUGCACUACCAUCAAGAUUUGGUUCAGUUCUGGAUUUGCUACCUCGGGAAGUAGCCCACUUCAUCCCAAAAUGUGUUGUGGCCUACCCCAUUCAACUCUGGCUCCAGAAUCAACUUCAUGAAUUCCCUUCAUGAAAAAUGAAGCUCUGCCCCUUCCACUAUUGUGGGGAAUCAAAAACAGCCAUUGCUCUGAGAUAGGUGAAAACCCCACAGGACCUAAGCCAAUCCGCCUGCAGGUAAAAAUUCCUCCUCGAUGCUGAGAACAAAUCACCAACCAAUGUCCAUAGGAACGUUGCAGAUAGAGACCUCCUUCAUUGAAGAAAGUCACAAAAGUUAUAACGAUAUACAGUGGUACCUUAGUUCUCAAACUUAAUCUGUUCUUGGAGUCCGUUCAAAAACCAAGGCGUGGCUUCCGAUUGGCUGCAGGGGAUUCCUCUACUCAAGCGGAAGCCACAUAGGAUGUUCGGCUUCCAAAAAACGUUCGCAAACAGGAACACUCUUUUCUGGGUUUGCGGCAUUUGAGAGCCGAUUUGUUUGGCAACUAAGCCAUUCGGGAACCAAGGUUCCACUGUACAAAGAAGGGCAGGUGGGGAAGUUAGAAGUCCCUGACCCACACAGGAAAGGCCGGCUGCCUCCACUCCACAAGCUGUUGGGGAAGCAAGUUGGGGAACCAGGACGUUCAGCAACGUGAAAACUAUUGUCAAAUACGUGGCACGCUGGAUUUGAUUGCAGCAAUAGGCCUUCACCCCUGGAAUUUAAUGGUUCACGCAAGCAGACUAAUUUCAUGAACAGGGUAAUGUUGAGGCACAUUCAUGGGUUUUUCACACAACAGGAGGGAUUUUGUGUGAGGUAGUGACUCUGUUGUUACGCUGAUCAUAUGAGCAAAGGGUUUUGUUCUUUUUAGAGGAGGUGCGGGACAUGGGCCUAUUGUCAGAACUCAUUUUCUAAAUCUUAGAACAGGGCUAUUUCAGUCUGAGGGCCACAUUCCCUUCUGGUCAGAGGUGCCGAGUUGGGUGGGGGGUGCAUGUGUGUGUGACGUAACUGUUUCAGACACUGUGUGGCCGGGGGCAACCUCCAGCCAGGCUGCUCCAAGCCCCACUGCCUCCUGGGGUGUCCUCCUGCCAGGCUGUGCAGCGACGUUCUGCUAGACUGUGCCAGUCCUCACUGCAUCUUCCAGUGCUGCGCGGCCUGAGGCAACCUCCAGCCAGGCCGUGUGGCAUCUCCCAAGGCGGGAUUGCGGGAGAAACGUAGGAGGAAGGGAGAGGAUGGGCUCAGCCUGUUCCACCCCCUCAAGAUUGGUGGGUUUUGGUCCCGUCCCAACAGACUUUGGGGGAGCUGGCACCUAUGCUUCUGGUCAACCUUUCAGGGGUUGUAUGCCAGGGGUAGACAGGGGCAGAGGCAGUGCACCACAUGUAAAUUUUACCCUUCUACAGCAGGCUAGUUUCUGCACACACUCGUAGACAUUUCUCUAUCCUCCACUCAGACAAGCAGGCAAGAGGCAGCAGAGUUUAAGGACACAUUCCAGCUUUGCAAAAACACUUGAGAUGUGAAGGAGAGCGAAUGAGAAGAGGAGUUAAUUGGGGUGAGUGUGGAAGGUUGGAUAAAGAGACCUCAGUCCUGAGCUUCCCUGCCUCAGACGCAGGCAAGGUUUCAUGAUUUAAUAUCCAAAAUCAGUUUAAAUGUUUCUACCUUGUAAUAAUGUGUGCAUUCAGGGACAGCAGCACACAUGCAAGUUCUCCACGUGGCAUGGAUUUACGCAUUCGCUUCAAUGCCAGUAAGUGUUUCACACAGUCCAUUGUACACUGAAGUGAGGGGGGGGGCAUUGUUGCUUAUGUAGGCCAUGCAUGUGGACUGAAGCUGCCAAAGGGCUCUAACUUUGACCAUGCACCAUUUAUUUUACGUCCCAUAACUGUGUUAACAGCGAUGGCUGUGAGAGCUUGUCUACAUAGAUUCAAAAUUAUGUGGUCCUGAGAAGGGAACAAGUUUGCAUAAUUGGGAGAAAUGUGCAGUUGUGAAGCCUGUAAACUGAGUUAGAUAAACAGAGUCCGUGAGUCAGUUCUGCCUGGUCAUCCUGAAGAGGCUGAAAAUAACUUGUUUUUCCACCCUUUUGACCUUCUCCUAUCCCACUUUUUGUAUGUUGUCUGUGCUUUAUUUAUAGCUCAUUCGCUUUGUAAUUCAUAGAAUAGCACUUCAGAAGCUGCAGGAGAAAGAGAAGCAUUGCUAUGAAGGCUAAAAUGCAGCUGCCAGGUUGGCACUAGGAUGAAUGCAGUCCCUUAGUUAGAAUAUUACACAUCACAACAGCUGAUUUUGUCCUGUUGCCCAUAUCCUUUAUGUGCCCAGACUUUGCUCUUCAGUGAAUCCUUUCUCAGUACACAAAAGGCAGCCUUCAAAGGACAGUUGUAUUGGGGGGGGGGGCAGUUGACAUUGUUUGAACUUUGGAGCAAAUGAAGGGCUUUUCUGCACAAAGAAUGCCUCAAAUGCAUGUUAUCCUGGACACAAUAAGCUUGAAAGCCCUUAUCUCGUAUCUCAUAAGAGAGGAAGAAGAAUAACUAUGUAGUGGUCCACUUCCUUUUUUAACAAUGUAGGUAGCGUCGGCACUGGAAAGGAGAAGUGCACAGCCUCUCAAGAACUUUAAACACAAAUAAAAGCCUAAAGUGCAGCGGUGGGGAACUGAUUGACCCCUAGAUGUUGUUGCCCUCCAUGUCAACCAGCAUGGCACAUGCAGCAACACCGGGAGGGCCACAGGUUCCCCACCCUACCCUAAAGGGUGGGACAGAAAAAAUGAGUUUAAAUAGGUUGCACUCCUAAGUGGGAAUAUUUACUUACUUGGCACAGUAAUACAAGCAGUAGGAAUUUACUGCUGACUAAACUUGCAUAGGAUUGGGGUGCAUAAAAAAAAAAACAACCAUUAGCAAUCUGGCCAGGAUUACAGAUUUUCAGGACACAGGUGGCAGAUCUCUUGUCAUGUAAAGAAAGCUUGGGAGAUAAUAAGGGUCCUGUUGAACUCUUUGCUGAUAUCUGGGUAAAGUUGCUUCUUGUUGCAAAGGCAGGAGUUCACAAUGACAUUCUUAGGCGCGCAUUUAGGAUUCUUUCCUUGCCUCGCAGUUGGCCUUUGGCAGAGGUUUCAUCAGCUUUUGGCAGUUAGAUUUUGUUCUGGCAAGAUGCCAGGAGUACAGUGCAACCUCAUUCGUCUGUACGGCCUGCAAGACACCCAAACCCUUUUGAUAAACAUGCAAUUGAGAAGGCAAAAGUGCUAUUUAUUUUCCAUGCAGAUUCAUUUACAUAGCUUGCCAGAAGGGACACAUCCCAGCUUUCGAUAGCUAGACUUUCCUGACAACCAGAAUGUUUACCCUGUAUAAUGUUCAGUAGAAUCACUAUGGUAUCGUUAAAGCCGGAUUGAAUGAUUGGGUUUUAAUUCUGCAAAUUGUGUAUCGUAGCCUGAAGAGGGGAUGGUAGUGAGCUAGAUGUUUAAGGCUUGGUUUCACCCAGUUUUCUUUAAACCUACAUUCUCACAGAGCUGGAGGGGACCACGAGGAUCAUCUAGUCCAACUCCCUGCAAUGCAGGAAUCUUUUCCCCAACAUGGGUCUCGAACCCAUGAACCUGAGAUUAAGUCUCAUUCUCUACCAACUGAGCUAUCAGGUUGCUGUGUAACAUUAUUGAUGUUAUUACUGAAAUGCUGUUUGAAGUAUAUGCCCCCUUUACCGAUUUUGUUUUCCCCAAAAACUACAGGUUGUGGCUUCUGCUUGCAUUGUUCACCAACCCCAUCUACCCCCUCCACCCCCACCCGAUUGCCAACCCCCCUCUCUUUACAACUCACCCCCAAACCCCUCCUCCCCAUCUCCUCGCAUCUCACCUGUUCCCCUUUCCAUCUCGCUCACAAUUCACCCACCCCUCCCCCAUCAGAUUGCCCAACCCCCUCCUCAUAGGUCACCCCCCCCAAAAAAAGGUCCUGCAUCACCACUCCAACAUAUUGCCACCCUCUGGACCCCCCACCAUCUGUGCUUUGCACUCUCCUCCAGUGUUUUGGCUUGGUUUGAAUGCAUCCUUCAAGCGUUAUGUCUCUUGCUUUCAUGGAUAUAGAGAUGAAGGGCAGGAGAAGGGGUGGAAAUCUCCAACUUCUGCGCAUCUAGAAUGUACCCAAGUAUACAAAAGUAAAAGUCGUAUCCAUUGCUCUGCCCGAACUGGCAUGUGGCUUCUGGGAAGGUUUCCAACUGUAGCCCUUGGGCUGACAAACUCUCCUGGUUUAGGCAAAGAGAACAGCCAGCUUGGUGAUCCAUUUGGAAGGCAUAUGCUGCCCUGGAUUCCACCUCAAUAAGCCGGUUGCAAUGUAAUUUUGACCAUUCCAAAUCUUAACUUCUGCUUCCCAAGAUCUUUGCAGGCAAACCUACAUUCCAUACUACAUCGUUUGGAUUUUUUCACCCACUGGCUUUUUUUUUAGCCACCUCACAAGAUUAAUGCGUUAUUUUCAUAAACCAAGUAAAGAAAAGCUUUCAGAUACAUCUUAAGAGCUUGAUAUGUGCCAAGGAUGAAUAAUUUCCCGUGAUAGUAAGAUAGAAAUUUAACCAAUGAAGUUAAAUUUGUGUAAAUUCAAGCAAGAUGCUUUUAAUAAAAGGAGAAUUUCAAAAAUCCAAUGCGAUAAAAGUGACUUUUCGUUUGCUUUUGAAAAUGCAUUUAACUGAAGAGAGUGAUUUAUUAGGGAAGCUUUUACUUUGGUCACAAGCUUACUUAGAGUUUUGGGAGUUGCCUUUUGCUGGCCUCAGACAUAAUGCCUAAAAACAAUUAGCUUUGCAUUGUAAUUAUUGAGAGAAAGAUGUGACGUCUGUAGAUCCUGAAAUAUGAGCGACUUUAAGUGGAAUGCAAAUAGGUCAAAAGAAAUAUUAAUAGAAAGGAGCCAGACAAUAAUGCUUUCUGGGUUGUCUUUUGCUUAGUAACUUCUAAGUAGCUGGAGCCAGUGCCCAUUUUAGUGCUUUAUCUUUAUUAGGAAUUGUUAUGCAUGAGUUCCUAUUAGUUUGCCAGCAGUGGAAUACUGAUGCUUCUGUUUUCUGAGUUGCUCUGUUCUUAGAAGUGUGCUAACUCCAGAUACAAAGAGCAUUCUUCUGCUUAGUACAUUCAUUCGGAGGGUAGAUUCAUUCUAUUAAAUUAUUAAGACUCCAUUAGUCAAGAUUAUGUUAGAACAGGCGAGAUUUUUCACUUCGUUUUUGUAAAAUUUUGACUAACUUUUUACAAAUAAAGAAAUUGUUUAGACAGAUGAUUUGAAUGAUGUGUUAAGUCCCAAGCUGGAUAAACAGUGGUCCAAGGAAAGAAAGCAUCAGUGAAAUUCAGGUUACCAACCAAUGUAGGGAUAUAUAUGAAAUCCCUGUUAUUAAUAGAUUGUGGGAGAUAUUGUGCUAAAGAAGAGAUUGUGCUUUUUAUGCUAUAUGACAUUACACUAAAGAAGAGAUUAUACAUUUUAUGCUUUACCUUAUUACACAUACUUAAGUAAUGACAUUAUUUGGAUUGCCCCUACUAUAGUGUGGGAAGUUUAUCAAGUAAUAAUAGCAGCAGGUACAAUGCAGCUCAUAAUCUGGUUAUACUAGGAAGGAAGGAAGGAAUUUUCAAUGUACUAUAGUGGUAGAGAAAGUACAAAGCAAAUAUUCUGGAAAUCAAAUAUAUUGGUGAAAUCUUAUGCAUGUUUACUCAGAAGGAUUCAGUCAGACUUUGUAUGAGGUAAAUGUAUAAAGCAAUGUGGCCUUAAAGAGUUGCACUGAGGACAAGCUAGUAUGAGCUCUAUAUUGCAGGAGUUUUAGAUUGUGCAUUCUGUAUCCUUAACAAGUAGAUCUUGUUUAACAAGACUGAAUGUUCUGGAUCUGCAGGAGAAUGAGGACAGGGCUUUUUUUUUAAUAUAUAUUUUUUAUUAGUUUUCCAAUAUAAAACUAUACAAAACAAAUCAUCCAAUUUAUCACCAACAUCUUUUUUUUUUACUUCCAUCAACAUGUCUGAUAAUUCUCCGUCUUAAUCACUUCUUACACAUUUCUUAAUUUAAUAUUGCACUACAAUAAUAUCCUAAUUUACCUUAUUUUUUAAACAAUAUUUCUACCAUACAUUCUCACAGAGCUUCCUGAAAGCUUACAAAUGUUAUCUGGUCAUCACAUGUAGUUUUCAUAUAAUCUGUGAAUUUAAUCCAGUCUUCGGUGAAUCUCUGGUCUCGUCGGUUCCGGAUCCUUCCUGUUAAUUUAUCAAGUUCUGCGUAUUCCAUUAAUUUCAUUCUCCAUUCUUCAAUCGUAGGUAGUUCUUCUUGUUUCCAUUUUUGGGCCAUUAAUAUUCUUGCUGCCGUUACUGUGUAUAAAAAUAACUUCCAUUCUUUCCGGACAGGGCUUUUUUUCAGCUGGAACUUGCUGGAACUCAGUUCCAGCACCUCUCAGGUGGGCGCCAUUGCCAUUAUAAGAGAACAAGCGAGGCGUUUGUGGUGAAUUCCGGCACCUCUUCUUUUCUAGAAAAACAGCACUUAAUAUGGAUCACAAAGAGCCUUUCUUGUGAGACAGAUCUUAGGACGUUUCAGACAUACUUGAAAACUGUUUUCGUUCUCACCCGAGGCAUUGUUACAGCUACUGCUGCUAAGGCUCAUUUACAUUUUCUUAGUUUUCAAAUGAAGGCUUACCGUGCUUUGAAAAUUCAUGCAGGCUGUUGCAGGAGAGGGCACAGCCCCACUUGUUGGGACAAGAAAGUAUGCAGGUGUAUGCUAUUCAUGUUGGAUGGAGGACCAAUUAUUCAUUCCAGGUGCUCUCAUAAGUGACAUCCAAAGCACAUGAAGCUUGACAAUUCAGUUGUAAUUUCCGUUCCUUGCAUUGACCUCAGUCAAACUCAACAGUGGUUUUCCUGCAGUUUUCAAAGUGUAGUAAAAGUCACGCAGAACCACAUGGCAGUCUCGCUGGUGAUUUUAGCAGCAUAGAUCUCCAUGUCUAAAGGCUAGCGUAUUUCUUCAGAUGUACCAUCAGGAGGCUCUUUGAAAGCUGCCUGCCAUACUUGAGAAGUAUAGAUUUCAGCUUGUAGCAGAGUGGUAGCACCAGAAAAAUAUGUGAAGUGCACAGAAGGAGCGCUGUAUGUUUUGGAGAAAAAUGGGAAGGGACCUUCCUCACAUUUUAGAUUUCUGAAAGAGAGUCACUUUAACACUUCCGUCCUUGACAUUUUCUCUAUAAGUAUUUUCAGUGGAUUUUUGAUGAAAUGUCAAGUAACUUUGCUCAAAGUUGAAGCUUUACUUUAAUUUAUACUGUAUAAUUUGUGUGUGAAAACUUGCUUUCCUUCAACUGACCACAGGGACCUAGCAAGGAGGGUGAGGGGUCUUUGCAAUCCAUGAAACACAACUUAUGUAAGCCAACUGGGAAUCAUGCAUACAGAGACUGAAACAGACCCGGAGAAGAUGUUAAGACCGUCAGUCAUCAGUUGCUUUUAUUAUUCCUUAUAUAACACAUAACACCAGCUGCAUGCCGGGUACUGUAUAAUGUCCAGAAAUAGCAUGAUCCAUGGUCCAAAAGGGUUAGAAUCUACGUUAGUUCAACAAGGCAGAGGAAAAAUGAAUCAAUAUCAGGGAUUUCCAGUGACAGAAGGAGCCUAUGACAUGGGGGACCAGUGUGGCCCCCCACUAGAUGUUUUUGACUAGAGCUCCAGUCAUCCCUGACCAUUGAUCAUGAUGGUUGGGGCUGAUGGGAAUGAUAAUCCAAAACAUCUGGAGGACACCACAUUGGCUACUUCCGGGCCAUAACAUCUGACAGAAUGAUAAAGUAAGGUGGAAAUAAAAUCCUAUGCUAAGAGUGGCUGUGCCAGCACAUAAAUGUUUAGAACCGGGUCAUAGCAAAAGUACACAGUCACAAUACUACAAAGCAUAUACUCCCAUUAGCAUUGCAACAGUGUUGUGAUGACAUGGGAGAGGUAUGCCGAUGGAAAUAUUUGACAAAAAUGCCAAAGAGCAGAAUUUUGAAAGCAGAGAGAGAGAUAUUUUAUACCCAACUAUGCAACAAGUUUGGGACGCGGGUGGCGCUGUGGGCUAAACCACUGCGCCUAGGACUUGCCGAUCGGAUGGUCGGCGGUUCGAAUCCCCACGACGGGGUGAGCUCCCGUUGUUCGGUCCCAGCUCCUGCCCACCUAGCAGUUCGAAAGCACCUCAAUGUGCAAGUAGAUAAAUAGGGACCGCUCUCCGGCGGGAAGGUAAACAGCGUUUCCGUGUGCUGCUCUGCUUUGACAGUAGUGGCUUAGUCACGCUGGCCACGUGACCCGGAAGCUGUCUGCGGACAAGCGCUGGCUCUUGGCCUCUUGAGCGAGAUGAGCACGCAACCCCAGAGUCGGUCACGACUGGACCGUAUGGUCAGGGGUCCUUUACCUUUACCUUUAUGCAACAUGUUGCCCAUUUCCAGUAUGUGUACAACUAUAACAACAACAAAAGCUCUCUUGAAGCAGCCGUCUGCAUUUCCAGACAACCAUUGUUUUAAAUCUCUAAUGCACUCAGCUCUACCCCAGCCAGCAGACUGAAGUUUUAAAAGGAAAUGCAAAAUAAAUUAAUGUGCUGGCACAGCUUAUCUUAAACAUAUCCAGUGAGUGUGGCACCCACAUCAAAUUAGGCAAGCUGACUUUAGAUUGCAUAAAAAUAAUGUCGUAUUAUUGCUAUUUAUUAUUUAUUUAACUCACUCCUCUUUUUGAAUGAAAAGUAACUCAAAGCCACUUUUAAAAAAUCUGGGACACUGUUAGGCAAGAAAGUAGUGUGCUGUGUUAGAGCUGGCAUUGGUGCACAUAGGCAGAGCGUAAAUAAUAGUGUAGACCACUUUUCAUCUUAAAAGGAAGCAGCAAUAGAAGAUACAUAGAUGACUUAGCUUGCAGUCCUAACAAUGUCUACUCCAAAGUAAGUUGUAUUGAAUUCAAUACUCCUUGAUAAGUGGGGUGAAAAUUGCAGACUGCGCUUCGGUUGAAUUUUUGGAAUUAAAUAGAUAAGAUUUUCAAAAGUUCUUUUGAUUGAAGAGGAGAACACAAAUGGCAAAACAUAAUCUUAAAGGCUUGUGGCCUAUUUUCCUGGACCUAGAAGACAGAAAAUGACAUUUUACAAUGGAUCUCUUAGAUUUUUAGGUGAUUCUGGUUUCAGUUGUUCACAAUAUCUAAUCAGUGCUCGGUUCUGCGAAUACUGACCAACUGUAUUCAUAGUCUUUAUCUAUUUCCCUCUAGGCAACAACCUUGAUGCUAUCCAUGACAUAACAGUGGCAUAUCCUCAAAACAUUCCUCAAACCGAGAAGCAUCUUUUGUAUGGAAACUUCCCAAAGGAGAUUCAUUUUCACGUCCAGAGAUAUCCAGUACAGUCUCUGCCAACCUCUCGGGAAGAACUGCAACUCUGGUGUCAGAAGCGCUGGGAAGAAAAGGAAGAAAGGCUUCGUUUGUUUUAUGAAGGCAAAAAAUACUUUGAUGCAACCAGAAGAAGCAAAAUUCCACCCUGUAAAUCUGAGUUCAGGGUCAUGGUUGUUAAGUGCAUUUCACUCUUUUACUGGACAUCUUUCACACUGGCUAUGUUUGUGCUGCUAUACUUGUACAGCUUUGUGCGGUGGUAUUUUGUGAUUCUUGUUGUCAUUUUUGUUAUGCAACAAAAAGCAUUUGGUGGGCUUGAAUUGCUGGAACUUGCAUGUCAUCGGUUUUUUAGUAAAAAAUUACGCAACUCAGAAAGAGACUAAAUUUGGUGUAUGUUGUGGGGAGGGGGGUUAAGUUUGUGGACAUUUUUCAAAUGUGCCACAGGGUUUGCAAAAUGGGAGGAGAUUUUGCAUGAGAAUCAUUGGUCUGUCUUAAUGCUGUGGUUGAUUAAUACACUGUGCACUUAUAUUGUAAAAGGAGAAAGAACAGUCAUGUGAAUUUUUAAUUUUUGAAUGUAUUUUCAGAGUUUCUCUCUUUGGCAGCUAGCAUAUACAGUGUCUCUGCAAAAUAAUUUGCCAACCAAUCACAUUUUAUAGCUCUUGAGCCUUUCGGGAGCUAUAAAUAGCUAGGCAAAUUGUCGUGCUAAAAGCAGUGGCCUGUGAUCCCUACAUGGCCUUGCCAUAAAUAAAUUGUGAAAUUUGAAAGUCCCCACUCAUUACAUGGUCCAUAUUGGCCUUUCUUUAGCUCUUUCCCCCUUUCCUUUUCUGUGAGAGAAUCAUCAUUAGUAUCAGCAAAUUUUCUGACCUGCAGAAUGAGAAAACAAAAGAUGCUAAUUUGGGUCUAUUUUAUUAUACUCCAUUUUUAUAUGCCUGUUCUGUCUGUUGAUUAAAGUGGUACAACUUGUACACCUCAGUUUUUAAACAAGCUUCGAAACAAGUUUUGAACAUGUAUUUUGAAACAAGUUUCAGUGAAAAUCAGUUGUGUUGAUCUUGAGGUAAAUAUUAUGGCAAAGGAUUUUCAUGAAGUUUCAACAAAUAUUUUGUCAGCAAUCCACCUAAGGCUGGCUGUAUUGAAGUCCUGUGAAUGGUUUGUAAUAUUUUAAGAUAGUAGGCAAUCUCAUGUUUGAAACUGGAUUGGCCUACAACAUAAACACGUACCAAACCAUCCACAAGAUAGGAAAUAGGGAGCCAGCCCAUAACACGAUUGUUCAACACCAACAAAGCAUCUUUAUGCCCACACAUUUAGAAGAACCAGUUAGAUUUUUUAUUUUUAAAAAAAUCUCCCAUUUGGAUUGUGAUGAAACAUGAGAAAAGUUAAGAGUUUUUGUUGUUUGCUUGUUUGCUUUAAUAAUGUGUUUUUAGAUCACAAAUGGCACAUGUAGAUAUGCUCACCUCACGAAGAUUCACAUGAUAGGUGUCAGUAGCUGGAUCACCCCUCAUUUCCUAUCCAGGUGCUGAGAGUAUAAAGAGAAUGGCACAUUGGCUUUGCAAUUAAGGAAAUCAUACAGAUGUACAGGACUUGAAUGUUUGAAAAACAUGAUGGGUUUUCACACAGUGUAUUCGAAGCAUGAGUUUCGGCAUUGCUGUGAAGAAUUUCGCCUCUUUGAUUAUGUGAGAGAAAAUAUUUUUAUUUUUUGUUUCGUUGCUUAGUUCUACUGGUCAACAUUUGGAAGCCUCAGCCAGUAGGAACACCUUUACCUGCUGAGGUUAAAGUGGCAUCCUAUAGAUGGCAAGUGAAGUUGAGGCAUCAUGUCCACAGUCACUCCACCCACCCCAGUGUAACUCCCCUACAGCAAGAAACAGGAGGCUGAAAAAUGACUCCUAGAAUGCCAAACAGAGGACUCUCACAGUGCCACCUCCCCUUUGCUCCAGAAAGUCCUUUUGACAGGACCACUUCCCAGUAAAAGGGGAUGCCUGAACAACUAGUGAGCCAGCAAGCUAAAACAAACAAACACAAAGAGCCACCUAUCCACCAGGGAGACUGAUAAAUCUUGUGUUUGCUGCCUGCCAGACAAAAUCAGGUUGUCAAGCCCCUGGCAGGCCGCAACAUGUGGCUGGUUGGACCUUCUGUGGUCUUGGAAGGUCACCAUUCUCAGUGUCUCAGACACUCUGGUUUAUAUGCUUCUUUCAUGAACUGCUUCCUGUUUUCUAGAGCACCUGUUACCUUUGCUUUUGACAUAAAAAUAAAUGGGGGAGCUGCUGUCAUGCAAACUACCAGAGUGGGAAGAGCUUUCUAGGAAGAAGAAACCGAUCUCUAUUCAGUGGAGGGAAGGGGGACCUGUGACCCUCCAGAUAUUGUUGGACUACAAAUCCCUACAUCCCUAACUGCUGCCUGUGAUGACUGGGAAUUGUAGGCCUGGCUACAUGUUGGCUGCCCCUUCUCUAUUCACUCUCUUGGCCACUCUGGAAAUAACCCCACACUUGCUAAGAAGCAAGUUCCCUACUCUCUCUAGUGACUUGAGACUACAUAUAUUCCUUGAAAUGUCCUAGCUUAGUUAUACGUCAUCUCUGUUGACUAAGCACUUUCCCCCCAGCACUUUUUCUUAGAAUUACAGUGAACUCUUUUUAUGGACUGUAUUUGUCAUCAAUUGGUUAUAGCUGACAAAGUUCCCUUCCCUGCACUGAAUAUAAUUAGUAAGACGGAGCCAUAAGCCAACACUUAAGGUAUUUAUUGUUGAUCUCAUUAAGUGUCAUGUCUGCUUCCAUGUCUUCGUUCAAACCUUGUUGCUUCUGCAAUGUAUUUUUAUAGGUUCAUUUUAUAAAUAAAUUGUAUUAAGAGACAACUGGGGUACAAAAGGUCUCUAGACUAGCCUUAGUUUUCAGGUUUUACCAAACUGUUAGAAUGUUUUAGCCACAAACGAACAAACCUAUUCUACAGCAACAAUAAAAGAAUUUCAAAUGCA